AUGACAGGAAAGACGGCGAAAGACCUUUUGCAGAUGGACCUGUAUGGUCUACUGGGUAUUGAAAGCACAGCGACUGCGAAAGAGGUGAGUGAUAGCUAGCUAACGUUAGUUUGCGAACUUUGACGCCUUGUGUAGCUUAGGAGUAGUUUACCUAGCUAGUUGCUUUGAAGUUGGUAAAAAUACAUUUUUUAAAUUGUAUUCGUCACAUGCUUCGUAAACAACAAGUGUAGACUACAGUGAAAUGCUUACCUACGGGCCCUUCCCAACAAUGCAGAGAUAGAAAAUAGAUAAAUAAUUGAAAAGUAAAACAUGUAACAACACGUUAAUAAUUAUACACAAGGAGUAACGAUAACUUGGCUAUAUACACGGGGUACCAGUACCGAGUCGAUGUGCAGGGGUACGAGGUAAUUGAGGUAGAUAAGGUCAUAUAACUAGGAAUAAAGUGACAGAUAAUGAACAGCAGCAGCAGCGUAUGUGAUCAGUCAAAAAGUUUAGUGCAAAAAGGGUCGGUCAAUACAGAUAGUCUGGGGUAGCUGUUUGGUGAACUAUUUAACUAUUUAGCAGUCGUAUGGCUUGGGGUAGAAGUUGUUCAGGGUCCUGUUGGUUCCAGACUUGGUGCAUCGGUACCACUUGCCCUGCGUGUUCUAAGAGUAAAUUAUCUUCAAAUGGCCGCUAAGUGGCGGCAUAGUACCAUUCACAAUUCGAUGUAAUUUAGUAGACCUAUGAAUGAUGACCUUCUUGAUUCAGAGACAACAGAGCUAUGCUAGCCUUCUAGGUUUUCUGCAGGGACGUAUUCAUCCCGCCGAUCCUGUUGCAAAACUUUUAUUAAAACGGAAGCAAACGGAACGGGGAGGGACCUUCGAUAGGGCUGUGGCGGUCAUGAAAUUUUGUCAGCAGGUUAAUAAUGUCACGCAAAAGACUACCGGUCUCAUGGUAAUUGACCGUUAAUUAACAUAAACACGUUUAGCAUCUCCAGGCCUCCAUGCAUACAAGCCGAUGCGCACCUUUGGAACAUUUACAUUUAGAAAAAGUCUAAUACAUCUAUUUAAUAUACACCAUCACAAUAAAUCCAUUAUCUAUUUUAGUCAGAUCUAAAUAAAUAUUAUGAUAUAAGGAAAAUGUAUUUCAGAAGAACAGAAUAUGGGUUUGCCUACUGUAGGCCUAUGUUAUCUGGCUAUGCUCCCAUGCCAUAGGCUGUAUAGGCUUGUUAAUUUAGCUGACAAGAUAUGCUUAUAAGUCCCAUGCCAUUAUUUUUUCAGAUGAAAUAGUGAGAAGAAUAUAAUUUAAUUUAGCUUAAUAAAAUAGAAAUGAUUUUUUUCCCAUUAGUGAGUGCGCAUAUGAAGUGGCGAUGUUAAUCAUUUCACACAGGUCCUAUAUGCUAGAUUUAGAGUUAUUUGGCAACUUUAGUUGUGAAUUAUACAAACCUUAGAAUGCCUUAGAAAUCAAAACAUAUAUGGGCUGCAUGAUGUGACUAUAGGCUAUUAAUGAUUUGAGAAAGUAGCAACAAAAGCUUGCGUUCUGUUCCUUGCCUCAGGCUGCACAGCUGUUCUCUUGUCAAGUGAUCAUAUUUUCACCCAUCAGACUAUUCUCAAUUUAAACUUUAGUUUGAUGGGGUUGAGGUUAGGGCUCUGUGCAGGCCAGUCAAGGUCUUUCACACCGAUCUCGACAAACCAUUUAUGUAUGGACCUCGCUUUGUGCAGGAAAGGGCCUUCCCCAAACUGUUGCCACAAAGUUGGAAGCACAGAAUCGUCUAGAAUGUCAUUGUAUGCUGUAGCGUUAAGAUUUCCCUUCACUGGAACUAAGGGGCCUAUACCGAACCAUGAAAAACAGCCCCAGACCAUUAUUCUUCCUCCACCAAACUUUACAGUUGGCACUAUACAUUCGGGCAGGUAGCGUUCUACUGGCAUCUGCCAAAUCCAGAUUUGACUGUCGGACUGCCAGAUGGUGAAGCGUGAUUCAUCACUCCAGAGAACGCGUUUCCACUGCUCCAGAGUCCAAUGGCGGCGAGCUUUACACCACUCCAGCUGAUGCCUGGCAUUGCGCAUGGUGAUCUUAGGCUUGUGUGUGGCUGCUCGGCCAUAGAAACCCAUUUCAUGAAGCUCCCAACGAACAGUUCUUGUGCUGACGUUGCUUCUGGAGGCAGUUUGGAACUAGGUAGUGAGUGUUUCAACCGAGGAAAGACGAUUUUGACACGUUAUGUGCUUCAGCACUCGGCGGUCCCGUUCAGUGAGCUUGUGUGGCCUACCACUUCACGGCUGAGCCAUUGUUGCUCCUAGACGCUUCCACUUCACAAUAACAGCACCUACAGUUGACCGGGGUAGCUCUAGCGCAGCAGAAAUUUGACGAACUUACUUGUUGUAAAGGUGGCAAACUAAGACAGUGCCACGUUGAAAGUCACUGAGCUCUUCAGUAAGGCCAUUCUACUGUCAAUGUUUGUCUAUGGAGUUUGCAUGGCUGUGUGCUAGAUGUUAUACACCUGUCAGCAAUGUGUGUGGCUGAAAUAGCUGAAUCCACUAAUUUGAAGGGGUGUCCACAUACUUUUGUAUAUAGUGUAUAAGAACACUUUCACUCCGCAUCAACCACUGUUUGAGGAGCAUGGUCUUGCUGCCAGACAGGUGAUAUUCCACCCAAACUCUGUAUGUCAUGGGCUCUCAAACCUUGUUCCUGCUGCUACCCAGUGCUUGAUUUGGGAAAACAAGUGAAAUCUGUUCGGGAACAUCAAUAGUAAAAUGUUUUCGCAACGAAACAUAUUUCACUAAACUGUCCGUCUGCGCGCUGAAGAAAGGAAUAAAGGAGCGAGAGGAGGAGAUGGAAAUGCAUGGUGGUGAGAGAUUCUGUAUAGCUGAAGGUAAUGUGUCACUCAAUUAAUUAUGACAAUAAUUAAUUGAGCCUAUUACUAGGCUACUCUAAAUCAAAUACAAAUUCACUAAUUGUAGGCAAACUAAGCCGCCCUGCAUUUUUUAAAAAUUAUUUUUUAUUUCUCCUUUAUUUAACCAGGUAAGCCAGUUGAGAACAAGUUCUCAUUUACAACUGCGAUCUGGCCAAGAUAAAGCAAAGCAGUGCGAUAAAAACAACAACAACACAGAGUUACAUAUGGGAUAAACAAAACGUAGAGUCAAAAACACAAUAGAAAAUCUAUAUACAGUGUGUGCAAAUGUAGUAAGUUAUGGAGGUAAGGCAAUAAAUAGGCCAUAGUGCAAAAUAAUUACAAUUUAGUAUUAACACUGGAGUGAUAGAUGUGCAGAAGAUGAUGUGCAAAUAGAGAUACUGGGGUGCAAAUUAGCAAAAUAAAUAACAAUAAGGGGAUGAAGUAGUUGGGUGGGCUAAUUACAGAUGGGCUGUGUACAGGUGCAGUGAUCAGUAAGCUGCUCUGACAACUGAUGCUUAGAGUUAGUGAGGGAGAUAAGAGUCUCCAGCUUCAGAGAUUUUUGCAGUUUGUUCCAGUCAUUGGCAGCAGAGAACUGGAAGGAAUGGUGGCCAAAGGAGGUGUUGGCUUUGGGGAUGACCAGUGAGAUAUACCUGCUGGAACGCUUACUACGGGUGGGUGUUGCUAUGGUGACCAAUGAGCUAAGAUAAGGUGGGGAAUUGCCUAGCAGUGAUUUAUAGAUGACCUGGAGCCAGUGGGUUUGGCAACGAAUAUGUAGUGAGGGCCAGCCAACGAGAGCGUACAGGUCACAAUGGUGGGUAGUAUAUGGGGCUUUGGUGACAAAACGGAUGGCACUGUGAUAGACUACAUCCAAAUUGCUAAGUAGAGUGUUGGAGGCUAUUUUGAGGAUCGGUAGGAUAGUCCGUUUUACGAGGGCAUGUUUGGCAGCAUGAGUGAAGGAGGCUUUGUUGCAAAAUAGGAAGCAGAUUCUAAAUUUUAAUUUGGAUUGGAGAUGCUUAAUGUGAGUCUGGAAGGAGAGUUUACGGUCUAACCAGACACCUAGGUAUUUGUAGUUGUCCACAUAUUCUAAGUCAGACCCGCCGAGAGUAGUGAUUCUAGUUGGGCGGGCGGGUGCAAGCAGCGUUCGAUUGAAGAGCAUGCAUUUAGUUUUACUAGCGUUUAAGAGCAGUUGGAGGCUACGGAAGGAAUGUUGUAUGGCAUUGAAGCUCGUUUGGAGGUUUGUUAACACAGUGUCCAAUGAAGGGCCAGAUGUAUACAUAAUCAAUAAACCAACAGCAUCGCCUAGGGCUAUGUCCUCUACCAGACUCAUGUAUAGACAUUUUGGAGCGUAAGGUAACCAGCCCAUCCAGUAUGCAUAAUAACAGUCCACACUCAAAGGCGAUUACUCAAAUUUGUUUAAUUUUGGCGUGUAGGCUAGACCAACUAUGUACCAAAGAUAUCUUAAAUCAGUUUUGUUUUAUGUUUUUCUUCCAUGCAUAAUGUGCGGUAGGCUAUGUAUUGUAUAAUGGCACAAUCAUAAUUUUAAUUCCGUUUUUUUGUUUCGGGCUUGGGCUCAUAAGCCUUGCAUAAGCAUAUGGAUGUUUUUGAAUUAAUCAUCACCUUAGAAAGUGCUGUCCUUUUUGUUCUGUUAGGCUUUGAAACAACAUCCACAAUAACCAUGUUUUACACUGUUUCAACCUGCUGUUGCACUUCUUUCUUCAACUUGAUUAUCACAGUGAGGUGAGUUUUAUAAGUAUGAUAGGCCUACUGUUUUGAUAAGUGUUUGAUAUGAUUUUCGAUUGCAUUUGCGUUGAUAUCAGAGUGGUUAGAGGGACAAUAGAGCCCUGAGUACCAGGCCAUUAGGACCUGAUGGUAGUUAGCAAGUUGGGGACUACCAAAGCAUGUGCGUAGAAGGAGAUUACUGUGACUCAACGGUAACGUUGAAUUUUACUGCGGUCAUGACUGCCGGUGUGGCGGUAAUACGGUCACCGCAACAGCCUUAGGGACCUACCUGAAUUUGUCCAAUAGAAACACUUGUUUUGCUGUUUGCUUCUGUUUGGUUCUUAAACAGUAAACGGUUUCCGUAAUUAAUACACCCCUGGCAUAGUAUAUGAUAAAUCAUGCUUACAGUGGGGGAAAAAAGUAUUUAGUCAGCAAGUUCUCCCACUUAAAAAGAUGAGAGAGGCCUGUAAUUUUCAUCAUAGGUACACGUCAACUAUGACAGACAAAUUGAGAAAAAAAAAAUCCAGAAAAUCACAUUGUAGGAUUUUUAAUGAAUUUAUUUGCAAAUUAUGGUGGAAAAUAAGUAUUUGGUCACCUACAAACAAGCAAGAUUUCUGGCUCUCACAGACCUGUAACUUCUUCUUUAAGAGGCUCCUCUGUCCUCCACUCGUUACCUGUAUUAAUGGCACCUGUUUGAACUUGUUAUCAGUAUAAAAGACACCUGUCCACAACCUCAAACAGUCACACUCCAAACUCCACUAUGGCCAAGACCAAAGAGCUGUCAAAGGACACCAGAAACAAAAUUGUAGACCUGCACCAGGCUGGGAAGACUGAAUCUGCAAUAGGUAAGCAGCUUGGUUUGAAGAAAUCAACUGUGGGAGCAAUUAUUAGGAAAUGGAAGACAUACAAGACCACUGAUAAUCUCCCUCGAUCUGGGGCUCCACGCAAGAUCUCACCCCGUGGGGUCAAAAUGAUCACAAGAACGGUGAGCAAAAAUCCCAGAACCACACGGGGGGACCUAGUGAAUGACCUGCAGAGAGCUGGGACCAAAGUAACAAAGCCUACCAUCAGUAACACACUACACUGCCAGGGACUCAAAUCCUGCAGUGCCAGACGUGUCCCCCUGCUUAAGCCAGUACAUGUCCAGGCCCGUCUGAAGUUUGCUAGAGUGCAUUUGGAUGAUCCAGAAGAGGAUUGGGAGAAUGUCAUAUGGUCAGAUGAAACCAAAAUAUAACUUUUUGUGUUUGGAGGACAAAGAAUGCUGAGUUGCAUCCAAAGAACACCAUACCUACUGUGAAGCAUGGGGGUGGAAACAUCAUGCUUUGGGGUUGUUUUUCUGCAAAGGGACCAGGACGACUGAUCCGUGUAAAGGAAAGAAUGAAUGGGGCCAUGUAUCGUGAGAUUUUGAGUGAAAACCUCCUUCCAUCAGCAAGGGCAUUGAAGAUGAAACGUGGCUGGGUCUUUCAGCAUGACAAUGAUCCCAAACACACCGCCCGGGCAACGAAGGAGGGGCUUCGUAAGAAGCAUUUCAAGGUCCUGGAGUGGCCUAGCCAGUCUCCAGAUCUCAACCCCAUAGAAAAUCUUUGGAGGGAGUUGAAAGUCUGUGUUGCCCAGCGACAGCCCCAAAACAUCACUGCUCUAGAGGAGAUCUGCAUGGAGGAAUGGGCCAAAAUACCAGCAACAGUGUGUGAAAACCUUGUGAAGACUUACAGAAAAAGUUUGACCUGUGUCAUUGCCAACAAAGGGUAUAUAACAAAGUAUUGAGAAACUUUUGUUAUUUACCAAAUACUUAUUUUCCACCAUAAUUAGCAAAUAAAUUCAUAAAAAAUCCUACAAUGUGAUUUUCUGGAAAAAAAAUUCUCAUUUUGUCUGUCAUAGUUGACGUGUACCUAUGAUGAAAAUUGACAACUGCUCGGCAUCUGACUGUAAGGCGUUGCAGAGGGUAGGGCGUGCUGCCCAGUACAUCACUGGGGCAAAGCUUCCUGCCAUCCAGGACCUAUAUACAAGCCGGUGUCAGAGGAAAGCACAAGACAUUGUCAAAGACUCCAGUCACCCAAGUCAUAGACUGUUCUCUCUGCUACCGCACGGCAAGCGGUACCGGAGCGCCAAGUCUAGGACCAAAAGGCUCCUUAACAGCUUCUACCCCCAAGCCAUAAGACUGCUGAACAAUUAAUCAAAUGGCCACCCAGACUAUUUACAUUGACCCCCCCCCCCCCCCCCACCUCCAUUUGUUUUCACACUGCUGCUACCUGCUGUCUAUUAUCAAUGUAUUGUCACUUUACCCCUACCUACAUGUACAAAUUACCUCGACUAACCUGUACCCCUGCACAUUGACUCGGUACCAGUACCCCCUGUAUAUAGCCUCGUUAUUUUAUUGUUACUUUUUACUUUAGUUUAUUUGGUAAAUAAUUUCUUAACUCUUUCUUGAACUGCAUUGUUGGUUAAGGGCUUGUAAGUAAGCAUUUCACGGUAAGGUCUACACCUGUUGUUUUCGGCACGUGACAAAUAACGUUUGAUUUGAUUUGAAAAAGCGCCUGUUUGAUUCUCCCAAGGCUAUUCCAAACCAGGACUGGUCGAGCCAGCAUUUGGAUCAGUUCAAGAAACAAAUGAUCUUCCUCAAUAUCUCUUGUUUGCAAAUUAUAAAUUGUACUGCAAUCUGCAUGUGAAACAAGUAUCAUGUUUGAUUGCUUGCUCAAACAAAAGGCUGCUCCACCUAAUUGAAACAGAAUAUAACAGGUUAGUCUGAUUUACUUUAUGUGCAGACAAGGGAAGAUUCCCCUUCCCUUGUCCCAUUUUACCUGCUCAGACCCAUGCUCCAUGGGUGAUAGGCCUACAUGUGUGUCCCUAAAUCCAGUAAUUUUCACAACCACCUUCUUAUUAAGUUUUCAGCUCCCAAAAUCCGCAGGCCAGAAGGAAAUCAACAUCGCUGCCAAAUUGAGAGAAUAACUUAAUUUCUUAAUUGGAUUUCAAAGUCCCAUCCGCCCCAGAGGAGUACAGUGGGGAAAAAAAGUAUUUAGUCAGCCACCAAUUGUGCAAGUUCUCCCACUUAAAAAGAUGAGAGAGGGCUGUAAUUUUCAUCAUAGGUACACGUCAACUAUGACAGACAAAAUGAGAAAAAAAAAUCCUGAAAAUCACAUUGUAGGAUUUUUAAUGAAUUUAUUUGCAAAUUAUGGUGGAAAAUAAGUAUUUGGUCAAUAACAAAAGUUUCUCAAUACUUUGUUAUAUACCCUUUGUUGGCAAUGACACAGGUCAAACGUUUUCUGUAAGUCUUCACAAGGUUUUCACACACUGUUGCUGGUAUUUUGGCCCAUUCCUCCAUGCAGAUCUCCUCUAGAGCAGUGAUGUUUUGGGGCUGUCGCUGGGCAACACAGACUUUCAACUCCCUCCAAAGAUUUUCUAUGGGGUUGAGAUCUGGAGACUGGCUAGGCCACUCCAGGACCUUGAAAUGCUUCUUACGAAGCCACUCCUUCGUUGCCCGGGCGGUGUGUUUGGGAUCAUUGUCAUGCUGAAAGACCCAGCCACGUUUCAUCUUCAAUGCCCUUGCUGAUGGAAGGAGGUUUUCACUCAAAAUCUCACGAUACAUGGCCCCAUUCAUUCUUUCCUUUACACGCAUCAUUCGUCCUGGUCCCUUUGCAGAAAAACAGCCCCAAAGCAUGAUGUUUCCACCCCCAUGCUUCACAGUAGGUAUGGUGUUCUUUGGAUGCAACUCAGCAUUCUUUGUCCUCCAAACACAACGAGUUGAGUUUUUACCAAAAAGUUAUAUUUUGGUUUCAUCUGACCAUAUGACAUUCUCCCAAUCCUCUUCUGGAUCAUCCAAAUGCACUCUAGCAAACUUCAGACGGGCCUGGACACGUACUGGCUUAAGCAGGGGCACACGUCUGGCACUGCGGGAUUUGAGUCCCUGGCGGCGUAGUGUGUUACUGAUGGUAGGCUUUGUUACUUUGGUCCCAGCUCUCUGCAGGUCAUUCACUAGGUCCCCCGUGUGGCUCUGGGAUUUUUGCUCACUGUUCUUGUGAUAAUUUUGACCCCACGGGGUGAGAUCUUGCGUGGAGCCCCAGAUCGAGGGAGAUUAUCAGUGGUCUUGUAUGUCUUCCAUUUCCUAAUAAUUGCUCCCACAGUUGAUUUCUUCAAACCAAGCUGCUUACCUAUUGCAGGUUCAGUCUUCCCAGCCUGGUGCAGGUCUACAAUUUUGUUUCUGGUGUCCUUUGACAGCUCUUUGGUCUUGGCCAUAGUGGAGUUUGGAGUGUGACUGUUUGAGGUUGUGGACAGGUGUCUUUUAUACUGAUAACAAGUUCAAACAGGUGCCAUCAAUACAGGUAACGAGUGGAGGACAGAGGAGCCUCUUAAAGAAGAAGUUACAGGUCUGUGAGAGCCAGAAAUCUUGCUUGUUUGUAGGUGACCAAAUACUUAUUUUCCACCAUCAUUUGCAAAUAAAUUCAUUAAAAAUCCUACAAUGUGAUUUUCUGGAUUUCUUUCCCUCAAUUUGUCUGUCAUAGUUGACGUGUACCUAUGAUGAAAAUUACAGGCCUCUCUCAUCUUUUUAAGUGGGAGAACUUGCACAAUUGGUGGCUGACUAAAUACUUUUUUCCCCCACUGUAUGUAGGGGAAGUUAGUGGUUGUGGCUCGGACAGAAAGAGUCCCCGAAAUGGCGAGCCGAGUUCUAAAUGAUGUCUACUGAUGGUCAGAAAAGAUAGUUUGCUGUAGUGUGUACACCAGUGAGUGUGUGGGGACUGGAAGGCCUUGAAACCAAGUGGUGAAAGCUACUUUGUCGCAGUUGUUUUUGCCUAAUGCUACACCGGGAGGACUGCUGUUUACCAUUGAGAGAGGAAAUACCCCUCCAAGAACAUGUUAAUGUGGGCUUACCACAGCUUGUAAACCAUUUCCUGACGUAUCUCGGCUUCCUGUUACUCCUCCUGGUUUGAAUGAUCUCUGUCGUUAUCUCUGGUAUCGCAGUUCCUCUCAUUUUGGGUUGCUGAUAUUAUAUCCAGGGAGCUGGAGCUGGUAGCUCGGAACCUGUGGUUAAUGCACAUCACUGAGUGACUCGUUAUCUGGCCCAGAUAACAAUUCUAGGGAGAAAUAACGUUUUUUUAUGUUACCCGUAAUGUUCCCCUAAUGUUUGAGUGGCCUGUUUUCUGAGGGUUAGGAGAAUAUUCCAUCAACGUCCCACCAAACAUACACAGAAAAUGUUUGCUAUGUUCUCAGAAUGUAAGAUAAAUGUUCUAUACACGUUUCAUGGGAACGAUGCAAGAACCUGGAAUGCUUUUCCAACAGUCUUGAAGGAGUUCCCACAUAUGCUGAGCACUUGUUGGCAGCUUUUCCUUCACUCUGCCGUCCGACUCAUCCCAAACCAUCUCAAUUGGGUUGAUGUCGGGGGAUUGUGGAGGCCAGGUCAUCUGAUGCAGCACUUCAUCACUCUCCUUCUUGGUAAAAUAGCCCUUACACAGCCUUGAGGUGUGUUGGGUCAUUGUCCUGUUGAAUAACAAAUGAUAGUCCCACUAAGCCCAAACCAGAUGGGAUGGCGUAUCACUGCAGAAUGCUGUGGUAGCCAUGCUGGUUAAGUGUGACUUGAAUUCUAAAUACAUCACAGACAGUGUCACCAGCAAAGCACCAUAACACCUCAUCCUCCAUGCUUUACGGUGGGAACUACACAUGCGGAGAUCAUCCGUUCACCCACACGCGUCUCACAAAGACACGACGGUUGGAACCAAAAAUCUCCAAUUUGGACUCCAGACCAAACGACACAUUUCCACCGGUCUAAUGUCCAUUGCUCGUGUUUCUUGACCCAAGCAAGUCUCUUCUUAUUAUUGGUGUCCUUUAGUAGUGGUUUCUUUGCAGCAAUUCGACCAUGAAGGCCUGAUUCACACAGUCCCCUCUGAACAGUUGAUGUUGAGAUGUGUCUGUGACUUGAACUCUGAAGCAUUUAUUUAGGCGGCAAUUUGAGGCUGGUAACUAAUGAAAUUAUCCUCUGCAGAAGAGGUAAAUCUGGGUCUUCCAUUCCUGUGGCGGUCCUCAUGAGAGCCAGUUCCAUCAUAGCGCUUGAUGGUUUUUGCGACUGCACUUGAAGAAACGUUUAAAGUUCUUGAAAUGUUCCGUAUUGACUGACCUUCAUGUCUUAAAGUAAUGAUGGACUGUCAUUUCUCUUUGCUUAUUUAAGCUGUUCUUGCCAUAAUAUGGACUUGGUCUUUUACCAAAUUCGGGACAAGUCUCUGAAUGUCCUUGAGUGGCCCAGCCACAGCCCGGACUUGAACCCAAUCGAACAUCUCUGGAGAGACCUGAAAAUAGCUGUGUAGCAACGCUCCCCAUCCAACCUGACAGAGCUAGAGAGGAUCUUCAGAGAAGAAUGGGAGAAACUCUCCAAAUACAGGUGUGCCAAGCUUGUAGUGUCAUACCCAAGAAUACUAUAUCCAUAGGAUGACAAUGCCCCCAUCCACAGGGCACGAGUGCCUGAAUGGUUUGAUGAGCAUGAAAACGAUGUAAACGAAAUGCCAUGGCCAUCUCAGUAACCAGAUCUCAACCAAAUUGAACACUUAUGGGAGAUUCUGGAGCAGCGCCUGAGACAGCGUUUUCCACCACCAUCAACAAAACAGCAAAGGAUGGAAUUUCUUGUGGAAGUAUGGUGUCGCAUCCUUCCUAUAGAGUUCAGACAGUUGUAGAAUCUAUGGAUCAUUGAAGCUUUUCUGGCUCGUGGUGACCCAAUGCCCUAUUGACGCUUUAUGUUGCGGUUUCCUUUAUUUUGGCAAUUAUCUAUAUCAUGCAGAAUUGUCAUCUUAUUGUUACUUAGGGAGCUCGUUCUGUAAUACAGACGUGGGUGAUUUCUGUCCCAGGUAGUUGCAAAAAUCUGCUAACUUUCCCAAAAUUCCCUUGUUUUCCAGAAAACCCGGUUGGAAUAUUCCUGGUAUCAGGAGGGAAUAAACAGGAAAUCUGGAAGCAACCAGGAUUUCUGGAAAACCUGGGGAUUUUGGAAAAGUUACUGGAUUUUUGCAACCCUAGUCCCAGGGGACUGAACUGUGUGCACGUUUUUAUUCCUGCCUAGCACAAACAUCUCAUUAAACUAAUCAUGGUCUUAAAUUUAGACUACAAUUAGUUGAGUGAAGUGUUCGUAGAGUGCUGGAACAAAAACCUGUACACUGUUUAAAAAACUGUGGCUUUUGCUAAUCCAUGCAGCCACCUUUCGGUUAUAGGUCUAGGUCCCUACCGAUACUAUUUGAAUAACUAAUACUCCACUCAUGAGUGGAGAAGCCCUAUGCACCAUAAACCUGUCUACUGGAGUAACUUCCUGUCAGAGAGACUGACUAGAGGGUUAGACCGGAGGCCCUGGGCCAAUGGGAGGUCACAGGUGAUGGCUUAGGGGUCAGAGCAGAGAGAGUGGGCCAGUUCGUUUAACAUUGCCCGGUGCCCCUGGUGGGUGGAAUUUGCACAUUUUAGACCAUUCCAUUGGAUCUUAAGUGAAAUCUCAACCCAUCCGGGGCACAACUUGAACCACAGAGUAAGGCUGCCUUCAAAUCAAAAUGCAUGACCGACGCAGCGCUGUAGUUAGGAGAAACACUGCUCUACGUUUUCAAUGGAUAUGUCUUUGCAACCUUUCUGACAGACAGCGCAACACCAUGCUAGGGCCUCCCCCAACACACUCCUCCCAUCGAAAACCAUUUUGUUGCGGUGUCUUUUACACAUCCAUUUGUCUGAUUUGAAGGCACCCUUAGUCCUCAAUAAUAAACAAUGUAAUACUUGUUAACUAUCUUGCUCUUUCUUUCAACCACACUCAGUACUUCUGUCCAUCCCUCUCCAGGUGCUACAGAGACAGAAUAUUCCAAGGACCUCCAGAGCCUUCUGACCAACUAUCUGCGGUCUCUCCAGAGCACAGAGAAGUAGGCUCCGCUCGUAAUAGUAUACUUAUGGUACCUUCACUAUUGCUGUCCGUGUGAUAUAGCAUAUAAUGAAGGGUCAUGGGUUGGAAACACUGUACUCACGUCAACUUAUGCUCUCUCCUCCCUCAAAGUCUCCCAGAUUUUUAUAAAAAACUAUCAUGCGUCUUUCCCCCUGUCCCCAGGUGAGUCUGCUGUGCCAUGGAACUCUAGAGCAGCAUAUAAAAAAAACACGCCAACAUGUUGUCAGCAGGCCGUUCCGAGGAAGGAUACAACGGUCAAGGCUUUCAAUGGCCGAAUUUGGGGGAUGACUAAAUGCAAUAAAGCUUUGUAUAAACUAUGAAUGUUUUGUUUUUUUACAAAAAAUACCUUUCAUAGACUGGUCUUCAAACUUUUACUAACUACUAUGGUAACUUAAACAUGCAGACUAUCAAGACAACACUUAGUUUAUGAUUCAGAAGGUCAAAAAAUCUAUUCAAGUAUCAUGUCCAGCGUGAAUAAAUUUUAUUCAUGUACAGUAUCAGACACGUUACAUGUGUAUCAACUAAAAUAUAUGAAAACCAGAUUGAAGAAUGGGACAAUGGACAAGUGAAUAGGCCCCGUGUAGCUCAGUUGGUAGAGCAUGGCGCUUGCAACGCCAGGGUUGUGGGUUUGAUUCCCACGGGGGGCCAGUAUGAAAAUGUAUGCACUCACUAACUAAGUUGCUCUGGAUAAGAGCGUCUGCUAAAUGACUAAAAUGUAAAUGAAUAUAAGUCAGUUCUUGCAUUUGUAUCUGUUUGUAUGAGUGAGUGGUUAUAAGAUAUGUAGGCCUUCCAAACACACACCAGAGACAGAAGGGUGUUCUACACUAUUUAUUUAACAAUAGCUAAAAAAAUUAAAAAGUGGACAAGUCCAAAAAGUAAUGUAAAAGUCCUUGAGGUGCGUUCCCACCACGUCAGGCACGCUUUGAGGGAUUCAAGCCAGUGUUCGCAGUAGGCCUCUCCUGGGUUGUGUUGUGCUGAGUGAAAGACAAAGAUUCUGUCAGCAGAUUGCGCUGAAACACUGUAGGGCCAAGUACAAUAAGCCUCCACAAUACCGCUCCAAAAAUGAUUCAACAAAAUCACAAUAAGUCACAAUAGAACUAAGGAAAGGAGUAUAAUAUCAAAGAUAAUGGGGAAAUAGUAAAUAGAUGUAAACUUAAAUAGGAAAAUGAACAAGGCUUGAUACAGUAAUUUAAACCAAUAAAUGGAGGCAGGGGAUAGGGGCUCAAGUAAAGUUAUCUGGUAUCAAUAAAGGCCAAUUGUGUUUAUUUGUGAAUGUUCCGAUUUUCAAUUGUCUUUGAGGGGCCACUUGUGACUCAAAUAGUUCAGAUAUGAGUGUUCAGGCAGAGAAGUCACUAUAAGCCACAAUGACUUGUGUAGUGCGAUCGAAAGGAAUUUGCCCCGGUUGGGAGUCUAUACUGGUGCGGAUGGAAUGAGAAGGGUAGGCUACUUAGGGAAGGGUGAACGUGCUUCACCCUCCCAGUAUCCCAAAAGGCCACCUCUCUGGUUCACAGUAGAUGCACUGGCAUUAACGAGUGCGUAGCACACAAAGCAGUAGAGAAUGUCGGCAGGCAGUGCUAGCAGGUGAAAUGUUGGAAAUUGAAUAUGGAGAGGUACUUAGCUGUUGGGAAGGGUGAAGCGUUCACCUUCCCAAUUUCCCAAAAGGCCUCUGCUCUGUUCCUUCUCGCUCGCCGGCAGCUGUCAAUACGGUCCACAGUGGCUUGUUGGUUCGUAGUUCGUCCUCCCGUCAGGUCACAGGGCAGCUAUAGGCUCAAUCCACAAGCACACUGGCAUUAAUGAGUGCGUAGCACGCAACACAGUAGAGAAUGUUGGAAUACAGCUCUAUCUGGCACUAAGUUAAAAUUGGAUAUAGAGAGGUACUUAGCUUUGGGAAGGGUGACGAGUUCACCCUCCUAAUUACCAUAAAGGCCUUUUCUCAGUUUCAACACUGGUCCCGGUCUGCUCCAGAAACAGCACGCCUUCUCCUCAGUUGCCUGGGCUCUGCAGCUUCGCUGUUCUGGCUUUCCCCUUAAAUAAAGAACAGGUGCAAGUAACUUCCAGGUUCCAAUCAGUGACGCGUCAAUUAAUUACUCCUGUGAUCAACAGGGGAAAAGAGGUGUGCACCUUAUAUUUGCCUGGGUGAAACCCUUACCAGGUGAAUUAGGUUCUGGGCAUAUAAUGCAAUGUAAUGUAAUGUAAAUGUAAUGUAAAUGGCGCCGGAGAAGAUGGCUGCCGUUUUACAGCCCUCUAACCAAUUGUACUAUUAUGUGUGUUUUUCCGCGUUAUUUGUAAUUUAUUUUGUACAUAAUGUUUCUGCCAUCGUCUCUUAUAACCAAAAAGAGCUUCUGGAUAUAAGGACAGCGAUUACUCACCUCGUAUUGGACGAAGAUUUUUUCUUCAACGAGGCGGCCGCGAAGGAUAUCCUACAGACACCCGACAAGGCCCAAAUCCCCGUCAUUCGCAUGAGGAACAGACGGAGAUAUCGUGGACGUAGGUCGGGGUGCCUUGUAAGGAUCCGAUGGCGAGAGAGUAAACUGCCGCUCCCAUCAAUCCUAUUAGCCAAUCUUCAAUCAUUGGAGAAUAAAUUGGAUGACCUAAGAUUACGGUUAUCCUACCAACAGGACAUUAAAAACUGUAAUAUCUUAUGUUUCACCGAGUCGUGGCUGAACGACGACAUGGACAACAUACAGCUAGCGGGCUAUACGCUACAUCGGCAGGAUAGAACGGCUGACUCCGGUAAGACAAGGGGUGGCGGUCUGUGUAUAUUUGUAAACAACAGCUGGUGCACAAUAUCAAAUACUAAGGAAGUCUCGAGGUUUUGCUCGCCUGAGGUAGAGUAUCUUAUGAUAAGCUGUAGACCACACUAUUUAUCAAGAGAGUUUUCAUCUAUAUUUUUCAUAGCUGUCUAUUUACCACCACAAACCAAUGCUGGCAUUAAGAUUGCACUGAAUGAGCUGUAUAAGGCCAUAAGUCAACAGGAAAACGCUCAUCCAGAGGCAGCACUCCUAGUGGCCGGGGACUUUAAUGCAGGGAAACUUAAAUCCGUUCUACCUAAUUUCUACCAGCAUGUUAAAUGUGCAACCAGAGGAAAAAAAUAAACUCUAGACCACCUUUACUCCACACACAGAGACGCAUACAAAGCUCUCCCUCGCCCUCCAUUUGGCAAAUCUGACCAUAUCUCUAUCCUCCUGAUUCCUGCUUAUAAGCAAAAACUAAAGCAGGAAGCACCAGUGACUCGGUUAAUAAAAAAAGUGGUCAGAUGACGCAGAUGCUAAGCUACAGGACUGUUUUGCUAGUACAGACUGGAACAUGUUCCGGGAUUCUUCAGAUAGCAUUGAGGAGUACACCACAUCAGUCACUGGUUUCAUCAAUAAGUGCAUCGAUGAUGUCAUCCCCACAGUGACCGUACGUACAUACCCCAACCAGAAGCCAUGGAUUACAGGAAACAUCCGUACUGAGCUAAAGGGUAGAGCUGCCGCUUUCAAGGAGCGGGACUCUAACCCGGACGCUUAUAAGAAAUCCCGCUAUGCCCUCCGACGAACCAUCAAACAGGCAAAGAGUCAAUACAGGACUAAGAUUGAAUCGUACUACACCGGCUCUGACGCUCGUCGGAUGUGGCAGGGCUUGAAAACUAUUACAGACUACAAAGGGAAGCACAGCCGCGAGCUGCCCAUUGACACAAGACUUCCAGAUGAGCUAAACCACUUCUAUGCUCGCUUCGAGGCAAGCAACACUGAAGCAUGCAUGAGAGCACCAGCUGUUCCGGAUGACUAUGUGAUCACGCUCUCCGUAGCCGAUGUGAGUAAGACUUUUAAGCAGGUCAACAUUCACAAGGCCGCAGGGCCAGACGGAUUACCAGGACGUGUACUCUGAGCAUGUGCUGACCAACUGGCAAGUGUCUUCACUGACAUUUUCAACAUGUCCCUGACUGAGUCUGUAAUACCAACAUGUUUCAAGCAGACCACCAUAGUCCCUGUGCCCAAGGACUCUAAGAUAACCUGCCUAAAUGACUACCGACCCGUAGCACUGACGUCUGUAGCCAUGAAGUGCUUUGAAAGGCUGGUCAUGGCUCAAAUCAACACCAUUAUCCCAGAAACCUUAGACCCACUCCAAUUUGCAUACUGCCCCAACAGAUCCACAGAUGAUGCAAUCUCUAUUGCACUCCACACUGCCCUUUCCCACCUGGACAAGAGGAACACCUACGUGAGAAUGCUAUUCAUUGACUACAGUUCAGCAUUCAACACCAUAGUGCCCUCAAAGCUCAUCACUAAGCUAAGGAUCCUGGGACUAAACACCUCCCUCUCCAACUGGAUCCUGGACUUCCUGAUGGGCCGCCCCCAGGUGGUAAGGGUAGGUAACAACACAUCUGCUACGCUGAUCCUCAACACGGGGGCCCCUCAGGGGUGCGUGCUCAGUCCCCUCCUGUUCUCCCUGUUCACCCAUGACUGCAUGGCCAAGCACGACUCCAACACCAUCAUUAAGUUUGCCGACAACACAACAGUGGUAGGCCUGAUCACCGACAACGAUGAGACAGCCAAUAGGGAGGAGGUCAGAGACCUGGCCGUGUGGUGCCAGGAUAACAACCUCUCCCUCAACGUGACCAAGACAAAGGAGAUGAUUGUGGACUACAGGAAAAAAAAGAGGACUGAGCACGCCCCCAUUCUCAUCGACGGGGCUGUAGUGGAACAGGUUGAGAGCUUCAAGUUCCUUGGUGUCCACAUCACCAACAAACUAUCAUGGUCCAAACACACCAAGACAGUCAUGAAGAGGGCACGACAAAGCCUAUUCCCCCUCAGGAGACUGAAAAGAUUUGGCAUGGGUCCUCAGAUCCUCAAAAGAUUCUACAGCUGCACCAUCGAGAGCAUCCUGACUGGUUGCAUCACCGCCUGGUAUGGCAACUGCUUGGCCUCCGACCGCAAGGCACUACAGAGGUUAGUGCGGACGGCCCAGUACAUCACUGGGGCCAAGCUUCCUGCCAUCCAGGACCUCUAUACCAGGCGGUGUCAGAGGAAGGCCCUCAAAAUUGUCAAAACUCCAGCCACCCUAGUCAUAGACUGUUGUCUCUGCUACCGCACGGCAAGCGGUACCGGAGUGCCAAGUCUAGGUCCAAAAGACUUCUCAACAGCUUCUACCCCUAAGCCAUAAGACUCCUGAAUAGCUAAUCAUGGCUACCCGGACUAUUUGCACUGCCCCCUCACCCCAUCUUUUUACGCUGCUGCUACUCUGUUAAUUAUUUAUGCAUAGUCACUUUAACUCUACCCACAUGUACAUAUUACUUCAACUACCUCAACUAGCCGGUGCCCCCGCACAUUGACUCUGCACCGGUACCCCCCUGUAUAUAUAGCCUCCCUACUGUUAUUUUAUUUGACUUCUGCUCUUUUUUUCUCAACACUUUUUUGUUGUUGUUUUAUUUUAAUUUUUUAAUAAAAAUAAAUGCACUGUUGAUUAAGGGCUGUAAGUAAGCAUUUCACUGUAAUGUCUGCACCUGUUGUAUUCGGCGCAUGUGGCCAAUAAAAUUUGAUUUGAUUUGAUGUAUGGGGGCAGCUUCUAAUAGAUACAUAGUCACCUCCAUGACGUACCUUUCAUCACCAAAGCCGUGUUCUCAUUUACUGCUCAUGUUGCUGAACAAUCCAACCCUUUUGUUAGUACCAAUGAUAUAAAUGGGCAUUUCACACACAAUAUUCAGUUCAUAAGCAUUGACUGUAAUACAUCUGCUGUGCAACAACAGCUUUCUUCCUGGUCUGUCAGCAUGCUCCUUUGUAGUGAUCUUACUCCCUCUCAACCUGAAAUGCAAUAACAACAAAAACAUGAGAAACAAUGUGCCUACUCAGUCAGUAACUUAACCAACUAAUGAAACACUAAUGUGUACAUACAGUUGAAGUCGGAAGUUUACAUACACCUUAGCCAAAUACAUUUAAACUCUGUUUUUCACAAUUCCUGACAUUUAAUCCUCGUAAAAAUUCCCUGUCUUAGGUCAGUUAGGAUCACCACUUUAUUUUAAGAAUGUGAAAUGUCAGAAUAAUAGUAGAGAGAAUAAUUUAUUUCAGCAUUUAUUUAUUUCAUCGCAUUCCCAGUGGAUCAGAAGUUUACAUACACUCAAUUAGUAUUUGGUAGCAUUGCCUUUAAAUUGUUUAAUUUGCGUCAAACGUUUCAGGUAGCCUUCCACAAGCUUCCCACAAAAGUUGGGUGAAUUUUGGGCCAUUCCUCCUGACAGAGCAGGUGUAACUGAGUCAGGUUUGUAGGCCUCCUUGCUCGCACACACUUUUUCACUUCUGCCCACAAAUGUUCUAUAGGGUUGAGGUCAGGGCUUUGUGAUGGCCACUCCAAUACCUUGACUUUGUUAUCCUUAAGCCAUUUUGCCACAACUUUGGAAGUAUGCUUGGGGUCAUUUUCCAUUUGGAAGACCCAUUUGCGACCAAGCUUUAACUUCCUGACUGAUGUCUUGAGAUGUUGCUUCAAUAUAUCCACAUAAUUUUCCUUCCUCAUGAUGCCAUCUAUUUUGUGAAGUGCACCAAUCCCUCCUGCAGCAAAGCACCCCACAGCAUAAUGCUGCCACCUCCGCGCUUCACGGUUGGGAUGGUGUUCUUCGGCUUGCAAGCACCGCCUUUUUCCUCCAAACAUAACGAUGGUCAUUAUGGCCAAACAGUUCUAUUUUUGUUUCAUCAGACCAGAGGACAUUUCUCCAAAAAGUACAAUCUUUGUUCCCAUGUGCAGUUGCAAACCGUAGUCUGGCUUUUUUAUGGCGGUUUUGGAGCAGUGACUUCUUCUUUGCUGAGCUGCCUUUCAGGUUAUGUCGACAUAGGACUUGUUUUACUGUGGAUAUAGAUACUUUUGUACCGGUUUCCUCCAGCAUCUUCACAAGGUCCUUUACUGUUGUUCUGGGAUUGAUUUGCACUUUUUGCACCAAAGUACGUUCAUCUCUAGGAGACAGAACGCGUCUCCUUCCUGAGCGGUAUGACGGCUGCUUGGUCCCAUGGUGUUUAUACUUGCAUACUAUUGUUUGUACAGAUGAACGUGGUACCUUCAGGCGUUUGGAAAUUGCUCCCAAGGAUGAAUCAGACUUGUGGAGGUCUAUAAUUUUUUUCUGAGGUCUUGGCUGAUUUAUUUUGAUUUUCCCAUGAUGUCAAGCAAAGAGGCACUGAGUUUGAAGGUAGGCCUUGAAAUACAUCCACAGGUACACCUCCAAUUGACUCAAAUGAUGUCAAUUAGCCUAUCAGAAGCUUCUAAAGCCAUGACAUCAUUUUCUGGAAUUUUCCAAGCUGUUUAAAGGCACAGUCAACUUAGUGUAUGUAAACUUCUGACCCACUGGAAUUGUGAUACAGUGAAUUAUAAGUGAAGUAAUCUGUCUGUAAACAAUUGUUGGAAAAAUUACUUGUGUCAUGCACAAAGUAGAUGUCCUAACCGACUUGCCAAAACUAUAGUUUGUUAACAAGACAUUUGCGGAGUGGUUGAAAAACGAGUUUUAAUGACUCCAACCUAAGUGUAUGUAAACUUCCGACAACUGUAUACACUACCGUUCAAAAGUUUGGGGUCACUUAGAAAUAUCCUUGUUUUCCAUGAAAACAUACAGUGGGGAAAAAAAGUAUUUAGUCAGCCACCAAUUGUGCAAGUUCUCCCACUUAAAAAGAUUAGAGGCCUGUAAUUUUCAUCAUACGUACACGUCAACUAUGACAGACAAAUUGAGAUUUUUUUUCUCCAGAAAAUCACAUUGUAGGAUUUUUAAUGAAUUUAUUUGCAAAUUAUGGUGGAAAAUAAGUAUUUGGUCACCUACAAACAAGCAAGAUUUCUGGCUCUCACAGACCUGUAACUUCUUCUUUAAGAGGCUCCUCUGUCCUCCACUCGUUACCUGUAUUAAUGGCACCUGUUUGAACUUGUUAUCAGUAUAAAAGACACCUGUCCACAACCUCAAACAGUCACACUCCAAACUCCACUAUGGCCAAGACCAAAGAGCUGUCAAAGGACACCAGAAACAAAAUUGUAGACCUGCACCAGGCUGGGAAGACUGAAUCUGCAAUAGGUAAGCAGCUUGGUUUGAAGAAAUCAACUGUGGGAGCAAUUAUUAGGAAAUGGAAGACAUACAAGACCACUGAUAAUCUCCCUCGAUCUGGGUCUCCACGCAAGAUCUCACCCCGUGGGGUCAAAAUUAUCACAAGAACGGUGAGCAAAAAUCCCAGAACCACACGGGGGGACCUAGUGAAUGAGAGCUGGGACCAAAGUAACAAAGCCUACUAUCAGUAACACACUACGCCGCCAGGGACUCAAAUCCUGCAGUGCCAGAUGUGUCCCCCUGCUUAAGCCAGUACAUGUCCAGGCCCGUCUGAAGUUUGCUAGAGUGCAUUUGGAUGAUCCAGAAGAGGAUUGGGAGAAUGUCCUAUGGUCAGAUGAAACCAAAAUAUAACUUUUUGGUAAAAACUCAACUCGUCGUGUUUGGAGGACAAAGAAUGCUGAGUUGCAUCCAAAGAACACCAUACCUACUGUGAAGCAUGGGGGUGGAAACAUCAUGCUUUGGGGCUGUUUUUCUGCAAAGGGACCAGGACGACUGAUCCGUGUAAAGGAAAGAAUGAAUGGGCCAUGUAUCGUGAGAUUUUGAGUGAAAACCUCCUUCCAUCAGCAAGGGCAUUGAAGAUGAAACGUGGCUGGGUCUUUCAGCAUGACAAUGAUCCCAAACACACCGCCCGGGCAACGAAGGAGUGGCUUCGUAAGAAGCAUUUCAAGGUCCUGGAGUGGCCUAGCCAGUCUCCAGAUCUCAACCCCAUAGAAAAUCUUUGGAGGGAGUUGAAAGUCCGUGUUGCCCAGCGACAGCCCCAAAACAUCACUGCUCUAGAGGAGAUCUGCAUGGAGGAAUGUGCCAAAAUACCAGCAACAGUGUGUGAAAACCUUGUGAAGACUUACAGAAAACGUUUGACCUGUGUCAUUGCCAACAAAGGGUAUAUAACAAAGUAUUGAGAAACUUUUGUUAUUGACCAAAUACUUAUUUUCCACCAUAAUUUGCAAAUAAAUUCAUUAAAAAUCCUACAAUGUGAUUUUCUGGAUUUUUUUUUCUCAAUUUGUCUGUCAUAGUUGACGUGUACCUAUGAUGAAAAUUACAGGCCUCUCUCAUCUUUUUAAGUGGGAGAACUUGCACAAUUGGUGGCUGACUAAAUACUUUUUUCCCCCACUGUAUUUGUUUCCCCCUUGCAUCUAGAGCUGCCUAAUAUAGCAAGCCAGUUGAUAGUACAGUAGCUAAGAUGAAUGCAAUGUGUGACAUUAGUUGGUAUAUGGGCGAUGUUAGAUACGUAAAUGAGUGAGAUGAAAUUCAAAGGAAUGACAUCACAUCAGAAAAGAUUUACAUUUACAUAAUUUAGCAGACGCUCUUAUCCAGAGCGACUUACAAAUUGGUUCAUUCAACUUAUGAUAGCCAGUGGGACAACCACUUUUCUUUUUUUUAUGGGGGGGGGGGGGGGGGUAGAAGGAUUACUUUUAUACUAUUCCAGGUAUUUCUUAAAGAAGUAGGGUUUCAAGUGUCCGCUGUCCUGGCGUCGUGGGGGAGCUUGUUCCACCAUUGGGGUGCCAGAGUAGCGAAUAGCUUUGACUGGGCUGAGCGGGAACUGUGCUUCCGUAGAGGUAGGGGGGCUAGCAGGCCAGAGGUGGAUGAACGUAGUGCCCUCGUUUGGGUGUAGGGUCUGAUCAAAGCCUGAAGGUAAGGAGUUUAUAGCUAAACUGGAAUUACUGAGUCUACCAUUACAGAUAUCCACUGGAAAAUCUUUACGUAAACGAGAUCAUCCAAAACACGUUGAAAUAGCAUUAGGCUGAAUUUGCUAGCUAGCUUUCUUACCUAAAAGAAAAAGCCCCUUGCAGGAAGUCCUGCAUGUUGCAAUGUGGCUACUGGUUAGCUACCUGGGGAUGUAAAUAUCAUGUUGGUCCCGCCUUCCAUUUAGCUAGCCAAUCACUGGCAUUGUAACAAAAAGCACUGCUAUGAUUGGUCAAUAAAGCUGGUUAUCAUAUUUGAGUAACAUGUCAUUGUAGAUUUGCAUGCACACAGAGAUCAUAUCGCGCAAGCACAGGUGCAUUUCGAGAGAGCGCAGGCAAGAUGCUGUGCUCUACACUUAAUUUAUUGCGCUCAAAUCCACUUUCUGGGUACGCAACAUUUGUGUCUGUGUUCUCAACUAUCUCUCAGCUCCUCAACAUUAUUUUCCACGUUGCCCCCAAAUUGUGAGUUCAACUGAAUGCCUCAAUGCCUGGCUGCCUGCUUGAUAUAACAAGCCACGGUCACGUGACCCAGUCUGCUGGAGCGAUACAUUUUUGUCAACGGGGUGAGUGUAUAGUGGUACGAAUGUGACAGUAGGGUGACUCCCCUAGCGUGUCUCGAACCCAGGCCACCAGAACCAAUGAAACCCAGGCCACCAGAACCAAUGACUUAACGCCCUAACCACUGUCCCAAUAAGGGAUAUCUCUAGGACCUGUCCAGAAGAAACCCUAACCCCUUGUCCCUAGGCACUUGUGUAGAUCUGAAACAACUUAAAAGGUGUAAGCAAUAGGGAAAAUGCACUUUGAAGUAAAUCUCAGCUCUAUUAAAAGUACACUUAAGGAAAUAUUUUAUUGAUCAUAGUGAUUCAGGAGUAUUAUUAAAAGAGGUUAAUAUGCACAACCAACAUUAGACAACUAUACAGAAUGCCCUUAAAUUGCUGAAAUAAGUGAAUAAAAUCAAUGAUGAAAGAAUAGUCAGAUUUAACUGAUACCUUACAUGGGCAUGGUGGCGUAGCAGGAAGCUUGGAAUACCAUGAACCAAGUGGUUGAGAGUUCACAUCCCAGGCGAGGACAUGUUGAAUAAUAAUAAUUGAUUAAUUGUACAUGCAAAAUGUAAUCAUGUAUAUCAAAAUGUGUAAAAAUUGAAAACACUGUAUAUUAGGCACUUUGUGUGUGAGUAUCAAUAAACCUUGCCAACAGACAAAGACUUAUGACUGGAUCAGUGGUUCACCAAUUAGGGCCUUGGUUGGCUCAGCAACAGUAACAAGACGUGAUGUGUAUAUAUAUUUUUUAAACAUGCUUUUGCAAUGUUCCCAUGAAACGUGUCUAGAACAUUAUAAUCUUAUGUUUUGAGAACAUGGCAACCAUGUUCUGUGUAUGUUUGGUGGGACAUUGAUGGAAUAUUCUCCUAACCCACAGAACUGGACACAUGAAUGUUCUUGCAAUGUUCCCAUGAAACGUGUCUAGAUUUAUUAGGAUCCCCAUUAGCCAAAGCCAAUGGCGACAGCUAGUUAAUAUCUUAAGUUCUGAGAACAUGGUAACCACGUUCUGGGAAAGUUAUAUUGGACAUUAAGGGAAUGGUCUCAUGGAAACAUUCCUAUGAAAAUGUUAGUUAAUGACCUAAUGAGACUCUUAAGGGAACGUUCUCUAAAGUUGUGGGAAUGUUUGUUGUUAGCCGGGGAGUUCCUUUUGCGCCACUGAGUUAUCCUGUAGCUGACACAGUUAAACAGGCUAGCUAUCACUUUUCAGCCACAUGCUCAUGCAUAUCAGCAGGGAUAAACAAGUGGCUGUUUUACCUACUAAGAGAACAGAGGAAGGGAAAAGACUGGACACAGUUUAGGCACAAACAAAUUCAUUAAGAUUCAGCUACUGUAUGUGGCUGCCUGGUGCUAUUUCUGUUGGCUAAUAAAGCACAAUAUAGCCUAUCUAUAGCGUGACUGUUUUAUAUGUGGACACAAUCUAGCUGUCUGAGUUAUGUGCAGACAUUAUUCACCAGCAGAUGUCUUUGUGGACAUUAUCAUGACACCGCAGCGUUUGCAUGUGGAGCUCCUUCCUCUCCUUCCCAUCGCUCUUCAUGUCUGGCGACCUGACUGCAGUAAUGUUUGGGCUCCGUGACACAAACAGCUGUAACUCAUGGUACUGUAGCGUAGCUAGCUGUGGGAGUGAGGGGGGAAUAGAGUGACACUGUCAUCCUACCCUUGUGCUCUGCUGCCUGCCUGCAUCCAUGCAGAAGAAUACUCUUUCCUUGGGUGGGUUGGUAACUCACCCGGCCCUUGGCAGGCCCCACUCACGCUAAUUGUAUCACUGUCCCAAACAAAUGUUCCUGUCAGGCAAGUUAUGCUCGCUCAGUGCGCAUUUUGGAAGCUGAACUGCAAUUACAUCUUACUAGGCAGACGCACGCACGCACAAACAGUCUCCACUCUAUACCUCCAUGCUCUGUAGAUCUUUUAUCGUUUUGUUUUAUUUCUCCCCUGCACUCCUCCCUUCUCCUUCUUACCCUCCCUCUCUCUCUCUUUUUCUCUCUCUUUCUUGCAUGCUUUUUCUCCAGCUGAUCAUUUCCUUUAAAGGUCAGAUUAGUGUAAUUUAGGAGGAUGGCCCCAUGGCAAAGCAAGCAGCUAGCUAAUCAACCACCCAUGUGGGUCCUGUUGGGGCCCUGCUGGGGCCGUGCUGUGGUUGCUGGGGCCAGUUGUCAGCUGUAAUAGGCACCACAGACUGGGGUAAUGAGGACAAGAUGUGGCCAUGCAGUAAAGACUGUGGCAGGCAGCGGGGGGCAGAGAGGCUGAUUUCAUCAGGCACCAACCAUUGGGCUACUGUGUGCCUGCUGGUACUGUAAGUCAAGUAGCCCACUGCUUAGGAGUGAGGGAUGGGCUUGAUUCUAGCUUGGGCCUCGUUAGUCUUACGGUUCAUUGGAUCCUUUAAGAGGUCUUUCUCUCAUAAUUGAUUUAGGAUAUUCAGCACUGGAAAAAACUGUAAUGAGCAAUAGGCUAGUAGUUGGCACAGUUAUUGACCCUCCUCACCCAGGAGGACCUGUUGCUCGACCUGCGAUUUCUACUCUCACUUAGCACUGAAUUAGCAAACUCUAAACUUGGAUCCUGGUCCUACCUCAAUUAGGGCUUGCGUGUUACAGCCUAUUUAUUAUUUAACUAAAUUCAGAGCUGGGGGAGCAGUAUUCAUGUGCCAGCAGUAGAUGAGAGUGAUAGAGAGAUGAGGCAGGGGGGGGGUACGCAUUCACCAAAUGGGCUGUUAUUAACACAGAGGGGAUCUCUCUCCCCCCCCGGGGAGGUGAGGUAGCCACUCUCGGAGGGAUUUGAUUGACUAACGGUGUUACAAUUUCUAGCGUGAAUGCUUUUCAGCACAGCAGGCUUGAUGACUGGUUGCUCUUGUUCAGGAGCUCUGUAGAUGUCCAGACAGCUGGAGAAACCUACUUUGACCUUAAAAAAUGAUAGAUGUAGAGACAUUACAUUUACAUUUUAGUCAUUUAGCAGACGCUCUUAUCCAGAGCGACUUACAGUUAGUGAGUGCAUACAUUUUUCAAAAUUUUUCAGACAUGUAAGCCUAUUAAAUUGGUCUGAUGAUGGCCAAAUCCGCUAUGUGAGUUGAGGACACGGCCUGACCUCUUCAGCUGACCGGGUGUUUCUCUUGGGCAGUGGCAGUGCUGCGUAACUCAGGAGCUCCUCAUGUCGCUCAGCUUGCUGCUCAACAGGACAUCUGCCGCUGACUCACUCCUUGGCUGAGACAAUGUGCUGGCCAUGUGCUGAACUCUGUGAAAACAGAUUAUGAGGAGAGGAGGAGGAGGGGGUGGUUCAGGAGAGGAGAGGAGACAAAGAAGGCAGCAGAACGUGACUGAUUAGUAGAAGAAAGGAAAGGGAAUUGAGACUGGAAGUUAGAGCUGGGUGAUAUGGACAAAAAUCUGUAUCUCAAUAAAUUGCCUGAAUUGAAGUGAUAACGAUAAAUAGAAUGAUACGUUUAUAACAUUAAUUUGUAUCUGUUUUGUUGUUGUUGAUUAUCCUUUAAACUAUUACUACUAGUUUGAUGGUUGUAACCAUCAAUUAUCCCAUUAACAAUCACCCACAUUUAGCAAACUUACUUCAUUUAAAACUUCACAUUUCUCUAUUAAAGGCUACUUAUUGUAAUGAAUGAUAUCAGCAAAAUGCCUGCGAUAAGUGGUCGGCGUCGAUAAUUUUCAGUUUGUCGUCCCAGUUUUACUGGAAGUCCAGAGUCAGAGGAUAGUAGAGAGGAGAGGGUGUAGGAGGCUGAGGGGGAAGUGUUGCUGCUUGAAAUAGUUCCACAGACCUGCAUAUUACCUUAUGUUAUAUGCUCUCCUGAGUGAAGGGCUGUAAUAAUGUGUAGCCUCACAGAGCCAUCCCACUGAACUGGUUCAAAAGUCACCUUUAGGAGAGAGAUGCAUGUAUGCUGUUCACUCUGCCAGCUCUGCCCCCAUCCCCAUCCACCUCUGGACAGCACACCAGGUCCAGGUCAAGCCCAGACUACUUCAAGCCAAGGGAGGCUCAUCCCAAUAAAAUGUAUUCUCUAACUGCUGAUGUAUUACCAUAUCCUCUUCAGUUCACUAACAGCCAGUCAGUCAGUCAGUCGGUCUGCACAGUAUGUUCUGGCACAUUCCUGUUACAAUAGUGCAAAACAAUAGACCCAUAGGGAAACAUUGCAUUUGCCAGAAUAGAUGGCAUCCAAUACAGAAAGGAGCCCCUGAUCUAUCCAGUUCCAAUGGACGGGGUCUGAUUGAUUGGCAGCAAGGGGGAGAGGAGGAGGAGGUGAAAGGGGGAGGUGAAAGCAUGCAGAACACUGGCAGGGCUGAUUACUACAUGGGUCUUUACUGGGGAUAGAGGAGUGGUUUGAAAAACUGGGCGCUCUGCACUCCCUGUCUCUUCAGAGAGCUGCUCUCUCUCUUAUUGGGCCCUGCUUCCUCUCUGGAGGAGUAGACAUCGCCUAAUGAAAAACAUGUCAUUAACUCGUGCAGAAGGGCCGAAGAAACGCGGUUAACAUUCCAGAGAACAACAGAGUAAAAAAAAAAAAAAAGAACACUAAAACCUCACUUAAGAUUACAAUGCUCCAAAGGAUUGUUUUGUUUCCUAAGUUGGUUGCUCAUAUUUUCAAAUGUUUUGGCUUGAGACCCAAGAUAUGAAUGACUGCCUUCCCAAUUUCGUGAUGGACAAUGGCACGCUGUUUGCAUGUUAUUGUAACUUUUUUUUCUGGCCCCAAUGAAGGUAAUCUCAUCCUCUCCUGCCAACACAGUCCACAUUUAUCCUUCUUGAAAAAGCAUCGUCAGCAUAUUUUAUUUUUUAUUUUAUUUUACCUUUAUUUAACUAGGCAAGUCAGUUAAGAACAAAUUCUUAUUUACAAUGACGGCCUACACUGGCCAAACCCGGACUCCCAUAGGUGACAGCAGUCAAGUCAGUCUUUAUUUAUCAGUACAUUAUCACAAGCACAGCAAAGGAUGGGUGCAGAUAUUGAUGGCCCCCCCCCCAGUGAAACUGAACCUAAACUCCCUAUCAACCACUGAACACUUUUCCACCCCCUGUAGUUUCAUAUCAAACUUUUACUAUUUUUAUUAUAUUUCCAGGGGACCAUCAUUUUUAUACACAUUUAAGUUUUGUGCCAGUGAUGGCAUGCAAAGGAAUAAUUGGUGUUGGAAAUAUAUUUCAGCGAUUCUAGAUUGCCAAACUGCAGACAGCGGUUUAGAAUAUUCAGGAAAAACAACCCUGUAGGCGUUCUUUUGAAACAACAACAACAACAAAGUAUACAGACACUACCACAAAGUCCAACCAAGCUGCAAAAAAUGAAGAACUAACUGUAUGCAUCUACAAAAAUAUUAAUCCACUCUAGGGGCAGUUAAAAACAACAACACAACACAGUGAUAGAGGAUUUGACCAUUCAAGGUUAUUGGACGAGGGUGACUUGUUCUUUGGCUGGAAGAUUCACCACAGAUCAACAUUUUAUAGUUUCAAUAGACAACUGAACAUAAUGGAUUGGGACAUAACAAUGUGAAUAAAAAUGUGCUGAAUAAUGUGCUGACCUAAGUCCAUGCAUACUAAAAGAGUAAAUACUCGAUAACUCUGAUUUCAUUCUCCCUUUUUCUCCUGUAGAUCAAGAAAGCCUACCGACAGAAAGCCUUGACGUGCCAUCCAGACAAAAACCCAGACAACCCAAAAGCAGGUUAGUGAAAAAAAAAUGGCAGAAGUAUAGCCUAGGGACAAUGUCCAUUUCUCCUCACCUUGUAUGUCAGCUUUCUGCCUCUGUAGCAGAUUAUAAAACCUGAACACCAUCACCACCAGCCACAUUCAUGAUUCUGACCAGACGCACAUUGAGAGAAUAGAGUGUGUGUUCAGUGUUUUGUAUGAUUGGGAGGUUAACAUGGAUAUUCAUGUCCUGUGUGCAGUGUCCCUGUCAACAGGCACCAUGCUGACAUCUCCUCUUUAAACCCUCACCCUAAAGGCAUCAGCAAGCUUCAGUUCGGCUGGCGCCUAGCCAAGCUCGGCUAACCGAACGACUCGUGUGCUCGCAGGCUCCUUUUAAAGACCUUGCCUUGAAAAACGAGAAAAAAGCAGCAAUAAUACUGUUUGUCCAUUUUGAGACGCCGUAGCCAGUAUACACUUCCUCAAAAUAGUCAGAAUUAAUCUAAGAUAACUCAAGAAAUCUGUUAUUAAUUUUGACGUUUUCUCAAGUGACAAAAUGUGCAUGAGGACAAGUCGUCUCUCGUUGAAUGACAACAAAGACUUAAUUGAAGAAUCCCUAGCGUUGACCAAUCGCCGACAAGGGGGCGUAGACUUCGGCUUGGCGCAAGAAAAAAUGUAGUGUGCCCGAACAGCCAUUGCUAAAGUCCAAAACUAACAAAAACGUCACAAAAUGUUGUCUUAAUAUAUGCACAAACUGUUCUGAUCUGUUUCGUUUGGGAAGCCUGCGGACGCCUUAACCCCUCUACAGUCUGACCCCCUCUGUGCCAUGCUGCCAGACAGGCCGGCCACAGGUCUCUACAGACCGGCUAAGCAGAGCAGAGCCUUCCCACAAGCCCCCAGCCAGACAGCAUGACCAGUAGGUCCGGGACGAUACCAGUAUCGCGAUACUCGUUAGUAUCGUGGCUAGGAAACAAAACACAGCGGAUUUAACUUCUGUAGAAAAACAGCCCUAAUGUUGGAAACAAACAUCAUUAUGUUGUCAUCCUGAGUCACAUUUAUUUAUUUUCCAAGCUGUAGCACACUAUUUUACAUACAGCAGGUUUUUAAAGGACCAAAGAGGUGAGGUGGGGGUCAUCUUCCAUCCCCACCCCCCAUAUGCACCCUCUGUGCUGUGACAGUCUGAGCUGCUCAGGCCAAUGUGGCACUGUAGCAGUCUUUGAUUCAGCUAGUUCUAUUCCAUCUGCGUAGGUAACUUGACCCGUCCACUUGCAGCUCUCUAGAGCCUGCUGUUUGUGCCGCAUUCCUCACAGGGAGUAAAAGUACAUGCCCGUUAGAUAGAAAAAAAACUCCCAUAAGUGAGUGAUUAAGCUGGAGCAGUAGAGUGCGGUAAUGGGGCCGGCUGUGGGUUUGUGGUUCUGGGUCUGGUGCUGGGGCUGGAAGGGUGGAUAGAGGCGAGCACCGGGGGUUUGCGUGGUACUCGUGAUUGCCCCUGUGUCCCCUUAGGGCUCCCUAAUGGGAGAUGGAUUGAGGGGCCCGGGUGGGUUUGUGGGAAAAGUGCAGGUGGAUCAUUAGAGGAAUCCGGUUUCGUGAGACUCCAGGCACCUUUUAACGCAGGAAAUAUCUCCGUUUAUGUCAGCCCCGGGUCCCGUGUUGGCACAGAGACACCACACAGAGCACACGCCGGCUUGUUUCUUAACCCUGCCUCGUUUCAGUCCUCUCCUCCACACGCAACUUAGAGCCCCCCGGUCUCUCCCUCUCUCACCCCUCCUCUCACCUCCCCUUGCGUGUUAGCAGCUCACUAAGGUAUCAUUACCUUGUAUUGUUAGCCUUUGUUCCAUUUGGUUGUUGUUUUUAAAGCUAACAUUCUACACAUGCACUAUGGUCCCCUCGAUCACAUCAGGGCGGCAGAUAGCUUAGUGGUUAAGAGCGUUGUGCCAGUAACCGAAAGGUCGCUGGUUCUAAUCCCCGAGCCGACUAGGUGAAAUAUCUGUCGAUGUGCCCUUGAGCAAGGCACUUAACCCUAAUUGCUCCUGUAAGUCGCUCUGGAUAAGAGCGUCUGCUAAAUGACUUAAAUGUAAAUGUAAAUGUAAAUCUUACCUUCCUCUAAGUCCUCACUGAGCAGGAAUAUGAAAUUGUGUAUGUUUCUAUGUACAGGUAACUGCCAAAAUAAAGGAAGCACCAACAUAAAGUGUUUAAAUAUGGCGUUGGGCCACCACAAGCCGCCAGACCACAUUCAAUGUGCCUUGGCGUAGAUUCUACAUGUGUCUGGAACUCUUUUGGAGGGAUGCGGCACCAUUUUUCCACGAGAAAUUCCAUAAUUUUGUGUUUUGUUGAUGGUGAUGGAAAAUGCUGUCUCAGGCCCUGCUCCAGAAUUUCCCAUAACACACACACACACACACACACACAUACACACACACACACACACACACACACACACACACACACACACACACACACACACACACACACACACACACACACACACACACACACACACACACACACUUUAAUUCCCCUAUGCUCCUUUGAGACCCCUCUUUCAAAGUUACUGAGCUCUCUUUUUCUAUCCAGUAAUGGGCAACUGGGCAUUUUUAUACAUGACCCUAAGCAUGAUGGGAUGUUCAUUGCUUAAUCCACUCAUAAACCACAUCUGUCUGGAAGCACAUGCUUUCAAUAUACUUUGUAUCCCUCAUUUACUCAAGUGUUUCCUUUAUUUUGGCAGUUAUCUGUAAGUACAGCACAGUGUGUAGAAAUGAACAUAGAAAGCAAAACAAUCACUUAUUAAAAGCCUGGCUAAAAAGGUGGGUUUUCUAAAGUGAUUUAUGACAGUGUCCUUGGUGUUUCCUCCCCAGCUGAUUUCUUCCACCAGCUGUCCCAGGCCCUAGAGGUGCUGACUGACUGAUGCUGCUGCCAGGGUAAGACUUCUGUCCGUCUGUCCGUCUGUCUGUCACACACACCAUCCAUACCACCACCAGACCCUCUUUCCCUCUUCUCUCAAACUGUCCUCCUCUCCUCUGUCUCAGGCUGCUUACGAUAAGAUCUGCACUGCUAAGAAACAAGCGGAGGAGAGAAAUAACAAGCUAGAUGCUAAGAGGAAGAAGAUCAAGCUAGGUGAGCCCCAGACCUAUGCCUGCUACAACUCAACAACCCCUCCCCUAAAAACACAAGACUGGCUAUCAGGAUGAUGCUAACUGCGUGUGUGUGUGCGCGCGUGCAUGUGUGUGUUUCUGUGUGUGUACGAUUUUCACAGACUUGGAGGCCAGGGAACGCCAGGCUGAGGCACAUAGUGCAGAGCAGUUCCAAAACAUCAGAACACUAGAGGAGGAGGUAAGAAAGACGCAACUCCACAGCAUCCUGGUUUCCUGCUCUGACCCUAGAACAGAUCAUACAGGCACGGUUCACUUUCAAUGUCAAUCCCUCAACCACACACAUGGGCCUUGAGCAGUGAGGUGGAUAAAACCAUUCCAGGCAUCCUGGAGAAUGGAUAAAAAAAACUAUAGGCAUCCUGGAGGAUGCUUAGCUCACCCUACUCAACCUCCUGAACACAGCCACACACAGUCAGCCCUAGAGUACAGUUGUUCCAAUCACUGGCUUAGUGAAGGUAACACACACACAGCCACCUCUAUUCUCCUCGGCCCUCACACCCUCUCACACAGCCACCUCUACUCUCCUCGGCCCUCACACCCUCUCACACAGCCACCUCUACUCUCCUCGGCCCUCACACCCUCUCACACAGCCACCUCUACUCUCCUCCUCUCGGCCCUCACACCCUCUCACACAGCCACCUCUACUCUCCUCGGCCCUCACACCCUCUCACACAGCCACCUCUACUCUCCUCGGCCCUCACACCCUCUCACACAGCUGAGCCUAUUAUGGAGCUAAUAUCAUAAUGCACGCUUUCACAGGUUUCCUUUGAUUGACCUUGUAUAAUACACACUUUCACGUUUCCUUUGAUUGACCUUGUAUAAUACACACUUUCACGUUUCCUUUGAUUGACCUUGUAUAAUACACACUUUCACAUGUUUCCUUUGAUUGACCUUGUAUAAUACACACUUUCACAUGUUUCCUUUGAUUGACCUUGUAUAAUACACACUUUCACAUGUUUCCUUUGAUUGACCUUGUAUAAUACACACUUUCACAUGUUUCCUUUGAUUGACCUUGUAUUAUACACACUUUCACAUGUUUCCUUUGAUUGACCUUGUAUAAUACACACUUUCACAUUUUACCUUUGAUUGAUUUGAUUGACCUUGUAAAAUACACACUUUCACAUGUUUCCUUUGAUUUACCUUGUAUAAUGCACGCUUUCACGUUUCCUUUGAUUGACCUUGUAUAAUACACACUUUCACAUGUUUCCUUUGAUUGACCUUGUAUAAUACACACUUUCACAUGUUUCCUUUGAUUGACCUUGAAAUUCACUAAAGACUUGAGCAAAUAACAAAGCCUCAGCCAUAUCUCAUAGAAAAGUCUUCAUUCAUUGCCAUAUCAUUAUUACCAGUAAUUCCCAUUAGGUUAUAUUGCAUGACUUGAUACACUUUUGCUAGAUAAAUAAAAGGUUUGGGAUGCUUUUCAUGUGAGUCACGAUGACUUGGACUCAACCUGUUAAAUGCAUGUAAUUAUGGGCCAUGUGUUGACUGACUGACGGACGGACGGGGAGUGAUCACCAGUAGGUGGCAGUAUUCUAUUCUCAGUAUAGUAAUGAGCUGGUGGUACUGUACAUUGGUUGGUGUUACUGCAGUUCAUAUGGUGGUGGAUUACUGUCCAACCAAGUAAAAGACCAGGGUCCGUAAUCGGCAUAGUAAAACCGCUGAUUCAUUUAUGAUUUAAAGGACAAAACUGAUCCUAGAUCACUACUCCUACUCUGAGACACUUUGUGAAUACCGGCCCAGAACCUAUCCUUGAGAGAAGGAUGUUCCUUGUUGUUAACCCUGGGGUAAUUGUCCUGUCAGAUUGCCCGUCUGCGAGAGGAGGGCUCCAGGCAGCUGCAGGAGGAACAGAGGCUGAUCAAAAAACAGAUCCAGAGGAAGAGAGAAGCACAGCUCCUCAACACAGGCACAGCAGACUACACAGAUACAGGUACACUACUCAACCACACCAGUCACUCAACAUUGCAGUACAUUUUACUGUCUUGUUACCCACAGAGUUUGGAUUAGAAUGUUCAUUCUAUUUCUAUGGCUGGCACACUUACCAUAUAACCGUGUAACCGACGGUUAUGGAUGAAGACUGUCAUGAAAAUAAAAUAACCAUCAUAACCGUAAAAAACAUCUAUAUUUUUGGAACGAAUAGCUGACUGAAGACGGGACGGACAAGCAUUUGUGCGGUUGAGUCCGUUUCUGCAAUAACAUGGACUCUUAACAACAUGAUGAAACUCUGUUGCUCCUUGAUGAAACAAGCAAGGUGUUGUAGGAAAUGAUGAAUAGAAAGGGCUUGGAACCUCUCACCCUGGCAAGGGCCACUAGUCCAAGGGCCACCCACCAAAAAAGGCUUCAAAAAAGGCAUUCCGUGACUCAGGAGACAAAACGGCAAAGUUUCAACAUCAUUACGUAGAUCAUUUUAUGAAUAUGAACACUGUGUGGUUCACAACUUGUAAAAGUUCCACAUUAAUAAAAUAUUAUAAAUCAAAGGUACAAUUUCAAAAUUAUAGUGCAUUUUGUCUAAUUUCCCCUCACAACAUUGAGGUUGCCAUGUUACACCUUGGUUACAAUUGUCCAUGCUUGCAGAAAGCAACUUAUGUACUGGACCGAAGGAAUCCCAAAAUAAUACGAAAUAAGAAGCUGUGCUAAAUGGAUUGUUCUCAGAUGCCAGAACAGCGCUUUAUGUAGCUGUCGGGACCUUGAAUGUUUUAAGAGCUGUGUUAGACAGCAAACGUUGUGCGGUCUUUAGUUUGGCUAGUAGGCAAAAGCAAUGAUGGCCCUUGUAGGCUAAACACAGCUGCCAAAACGUCUUCUAUUAACUGAGAAAACCACUGUACAUGUUUAAAACAUAUAUUUCCUCAUUUCUGGGUUCAUCUGGAUCAGUGAAAGACCGGUAACAUGUUGCUUGAGCUUAUGCAAUGAUGAACACAGAACGCACAAAUAACCAAGGUGAAACAUAGCAACGUCGGAACAUUGCUAGGGAAAUUACAUAAGAUGUGCUAUGAUUUCGUUGAAAAAAUGUGUACCUUUGAUUAAAAACAACACAUUAAUGUGCAACUUUUACACAUUUUGAACCACACGGUGUUCAUAUUCAUAACGUUAUCUACUUAAUGUUGUUGAAUUUUGCGAUUUUGUUUACUGGGUCACGGAACAACCCAUUUUUGGUGGGUGGCCCUUGGACUAUCAUGGGUUCACUCACAAUGGCUGCCUGGUGUUGUGAUGCAAUUUCCAUAGUACUGUGGAAUGUUAAUUGUGGCUCAUGCAAUGGAAUGUAGUUUUUGUAAUGUCAGUUUCUGCUUUUACUUCCUGCUUUGCCCCUAUGGGUACACUCGAAAUGGCCGCCAGUCCACCAAUAAUGCCAUCAUUGACUUCAAUGGGGACGCCUGUUCUAUUCACUCUAUUUCUAUGGCAGCACAUGCAGUCAGGAGCAGAGGAAAGGUAGAAACGUUUUUUUGCUAUUCUAACGGUUAUUACAGAAACCCCGGUCAUUUGGCUGGCCAAUUACCGUCAUCCAAAAUUCCAUGAUCAUCACAGCCCUAUCUACUACCUCUAAUAAUAUGCUCUUGCACAUGGUGCUGUCUAUCAGACCCACUGCUAAGCCCAUCUACUGAACCAGGCCAGUCAACAGGGCAGUGAGCAGCCAGUCGGCCAGAUAUUACACAGUACACAGCUCAUCUGGACAGAACAACAAUGGCAUGUUCUUUGACUUUGAAUAUGUUAUGUUGCUUAGGUACACAACUCUUUGGAAUAUUAAUAUGAAAGGCCUAUUUUUGUCCAUUGGCAAAUAAAUAACCUGGCUGCAUGAUACAGACCUGACACAUGCAUAUACUGCUUCAUCAUCUGGUCCACAAGGUAUCCUUCUACAUCUUAAUAUCAUAUGCAUUUGGGGAAAAAAAGAUGCUUGUUCUGGGUUGGAGCCAUGAGAAACCAUGCAUGGUCUAAUAAAGGGAGGUGAAGGGAGUCAGGAUUGUUGGAGAUGAUGAGGUCUUGGCCUGGCCCCCCAUUGCGGCUGCACACUAAGUCACGCAAUGUCAGCACGUCUUCACCGAGAUCUUCUCUGCUCGCACGAUAUUGGGCCUCUCCAGGCCUUUGUGGCGAGGCCUUCCUGGAACAAUGCCCUGUUACGACUCUGGAGGCGCCCGGCAGGUCUGCAGGCUUGGGGCCGGGGUCGAGGCUAGUACAGUACUGUGGAGAGAUGAACAACCCAAGACUGAUCAUGUAUGACCUGCGGUGAUGCGAGACAACCGAUCCUGUCUGUCUCCCAACGGAGGGACAACAAUGUCUUGACCACUGUGACAAAGCCCUCCCCAUCCUCGACCAACCGCACGUCUCAUUCGUCUUUCGAGAUUUUUUGUCUGCCUGAAUGAAUAAUUGUUUCUUUGUCUUUCUUUCUCUCUGUCGCUCCCUUUCCUUCGCUCUCUUCCAGACUCAGCAGUUGGAAGGCAUUCCAAGAGCAACGUGACCCCCAAAUUAAAAGUAAGUUAUAAUAUUGCUUUUAGUCAGGGGAUUGGAAGAGGGGUCAGUAUUUAGGGUGUUGAGAUUCUUGGCGAAUGAACAAGAGAGGAGGGGGGAGGAGAGGGAGAAGAGAGUCUUCAUACUGGUUUCCUCCUGAGGAAUCUCUGAAGUGAGUGGCCGGAACCUACUAAGGUAUUUUGUUUGUAAGUGGUUUAUGAUGGAAACCAAGACAUUUGGGAUAUAAUGGAGAGUACCUACACUCCUCCACCUCUGCCCUGUUUCUCUGUCUGUUCCUCUCCUGCAGUGUACUGUAGGCCAUCGUCAGGAGUUUACUCUGGAAACUAUUCAAUCCCCAUCUAUUAAUGGGACACUGGGGAAGUUAGCUAAUGUGUUUAUGUAUUUAAUCUUGUUAAAACGUCUGAUACCCAUCAAGAGCGGUGUAUCCCCCAAAGAAGAUUGUGUGUUUGGUUAGGAAAACAAACGUCAGGGCUGAGUGUUGAGUCUUGCUACGGUAUUAAACAUAUUGUAUUCACGUACUGUACAUGUGAAUAUUAUUCCAUACAUUGCUCUAAGGGGCAGUUGUAUCUGUUAGCUGGGAACACGCAAUAAGUCAAUAUCAAAGUCAGACGUCAGUUUGUAAUUUUGUUAUAGAGCAAUAUUGAUAGAUGUAAAUUAAUGACAUCUGUGUCUUUUUUAAACUACAACAUUCAAGCAAUAUUGUUUCUGGCCCUAGAGCGUUGUUCUAAUACAACAGGCUCAAUUCUGGGUAUGUUAUCAGUCCUUUAUCUUUCAAUCUGAGCCAGAAAAAAAUAGCCUUAUAUUUAAAUUUCCCCUCAACAGAAAUGUUGAUCAUUUUGACUAAUAUUUUCGGAUGUUAUUUCGGGGUAGAAUAAAGUCCAAAACUACUGGGGGACAUUGACUCUUAUGUUUCUAACGGUCUUCAUACAGUAGAUUUCAACAGUGCUAUUUGGAAGUUGACCAUAAACCAUUCUUGUCCUCCCCGGUAUGGGGAGAGUGAAAUAUGACCUCUGAUUAUGCAUUGUUAUUUUUUUGUGUGAGGGUAUUUGUUUUUGUUCUUAGAUCUUUUGUUAUUUGCGGCUUGCAAGCAUGGGUAUUAAAUGUACCAGAGAAGUUGGGUACUGCCAGGGAACUCCAAUCUCUUUAAAGUUGUUUAGAUUGCCAGUAACAUAUACCGUAGCAACGUGCUGGAGCGGCCUGAACAUUUGGGUAUCACCCAAGAUCUGCUCCGCCUUGUUAAAGGAUUAAUGGGGUACAAGGUUAUCGUUGGGUAGAGGAGAACGGCCUUGGAAGGAGAAAGCACAUUUUGGAAAUAAUUGUUAAAAAAAGAAAUAUGAAGUGAACAGAGUUCUGGUCUGGACCUGGUCUGGCCCUCGCUGCUUGUCAUUUAUAAUUCUGCUCCAAAUAGUUAGCGAGAUAAGGUCUUGACCCUGCUGGGUUAUGAAUGGAAUUAACCUGUUACAUAACAUCUUACUCAGAGAGCUAGGCGCUGGGAAGAAGAAACAAUUACAAUUUCAAUGCUGUAGAGUUUACAUACAGUGAAUUGAGUAAACUUUCAGUUGUCAGCCAACAUUAGAGAUCAUGGCUUUAUUACAUGGUAUUGGCUAAUAAUGACCAGAGCUAACUAGGGGUUUGCUCAGUAUAACUCUCACAUAUUUCUGUGUGAAUGAGUGACCCUCACGUUAGCUGCAUGCCACACGUAUAUGUCUAGCAGCAGGUGAGCAGGUGAGUCAAUGUGGUGUCUCCGGUCCAGGGCCCAGUCUGACCUGUGUUUAUUUUAGCCUUCCCCUAGGCAUGUAAAGCUGAAUGGAAAUUGACUGCAGGUCUCCCAGGUGGUGGAGGUGGGUAUGCUCCAAGAGCUAAACAAUGUCCCCCUGGAGCGCUGCUCUGCUCUGCUCCUUGGCCUGGCAAGGGCUCAUUCCUGCUUAAUCUAUGCUUGUCAUCAGAACGUAUAUAUAUAUAUAUUUUCUCGCGGGGGCUGCAGGAGUGCGUGCUACACCACUGCUUAUAACUAUAAAUUAAGUAUAACUUUAAGAAAUCUAAGAUGUUUCAAAUGAUAUCCAGCUCAGGGCUCCAGCUAUGCAUUUGGUUUGCUAACUUGCUAGCUAAGUGGCUAGAUGCCAAGAUCAAGCUUCUUAGUUACAGCAGAGACAUUCAAUCCCCUCUUGGAUCAAGAUCCCUGUUGCCCCCCAAAAAUUGUGUGGAAAAAAAUAAAAUAAAUGCACCCCUUGUGUGCACUUCCGGUAAUACCGUAUACCCUGGUAUGUUACAGAACUGGUAUGACAGUAGGAAAAUCUGGAUACCGCCCAACCCUAUCCAUAAACCAAGACUGGCAGCUUUGGAAAACAUUAGUACAGGCCCCAUGUAAGUAAGUAAGUAAGUAAGUAAGAUCCAUAACCAAAGGUGGGUUAUCUGUCUCUCGGUUUUUCUCUCCUAACUUUUUUUUAUUUCUUCCUUUCAGUUGAAGUGGAAAUGUAAAAAGGAGGAUGACACCAACGCCGGCUACUCUCAAUACUUCAUUUUUAGCCUUCUGUCAAAGGUGGGUGCCUUGAACGUGAAUCACCAAAUAUCACCACACGGCUACGAUUCAAAAGGCCAUCGCCAUUAAGUUGGCACACAGUUAUUAAAGAGAGCAACAGUUUCUCACACCUGCAUCUUUUGGAAGGAGCUAAGACUCCUACUGUAUGUCUCAUAUCAAAUGUUCUUAUUUGAAUGUGUAAUGUCGCAGAAGAGACACUAGUUAUGUAAUCAUACUUGUAGAAUAUAGCUCUCAAUCUAUGUGGUGUAAGACCGUCUGUGAUGGCUUGUCCCCUGCUGCAUCACAUUUUUUACAUUUUACAUUUUAGUCAUUUAGCAGACGCUCUUAUCCAGAGCGACUUACAGUUAAUGAAUACAUUUUUUAUUUUCGUUUUUUAAUUUUUUAUACUGGCCCCCCGUGGGAAACGAACCCACAACCCUGGCGUUACAAACGCUAUGCUCUAUCAACUGAGCUACAUCCCUGCCGGCCAUUCCCUCCCCUACCCUGGACGACGCUGGGCCAAUUGUGCGCCGCCCAUCACAGACCUGUAUCUUUCUGUGAAGGCUUGUCCCCUGCUGCAUCACAGACCUGUAUCUUUCUGUGAAGGCUUGUCCCCUGCUGCAUCACAGACCUGUAUCUCUCCCCAACUCGCCUGUAAUGAGACCUGCCUGGUGUCCAGCUCGCUUUUGAGCUCUGCAUGAUAUCAGUGUUUUAGAUGGUUUUAUUUUUCCCUUUAUACAAGCCCCAUUUAAGUUUUGUAGCCGUGAAAGUGCUUAGGGCAAUGCAGUGCCCUCUUAAAGUGGUGCAUGCCAUUGUUAGUGCCCCUGUUACUGGGCGGGUUUAGCAGUGCCAGGGGAGUCGCUAGGAAAUGUGCUCUUCUCAUACAACCGUGUACCACCUCGAACUGCAACAAGCUAAUGGGAGUUUUGGUGUGGCGUAGGUAGGGCAGGAAUGAGGAUAGGGCAAGUCCAAGUGUCACUGACGUCAAACGGAAGGAAAACAUGCGUUCCUCCGCACGCACUCAAUCAAUGUUCAGUCAGGCGUGGGAGGCUGGGUCAAAGGAUUGUGGGAAAAGGGGUGUUGUUGUUUUUGCUAAAGUAAAGAGAGUGACAUUUAAAAAACAAUUUAACGCUAUUUGCAAUGGUGAGCUUCUCCGAUGAGUGGCAGGUAAUGCUUGAGUAGGAGUAGCCGCCCAUGUGUGGGAAAGGGGACUGUGUGUGUGUUUUGGACUCACACAACCUUACGUCUGCUCUGGAGGGGAAAAAAAUACAUAUUAAAAUAUUUUGAUUUAUGAAAUAGGGGUCUACAGAGACUCCCGUUUGUCACUGUUGGCACGCUGUGGAGUGUCCUCCACGUCCAUUAGCAUUCCUGGCCUGUCCUUUUCCCAGAGAAGCAGAUUCCUGGUAAUGGAAUUCUCAGAGGCGUCCUUGCCGGGACUCUGCUCUCUAGAAGUGGGCUUAAUGAGAGAGGCCCUGUAUUUCAGGUGACAUACUGUAUCAACCGUGGGCCCUGUCUGCUGCAGGCCUUUACCCAGAGGAGCCCAGCCUCCAUCAGCCAAGAGCCCCACUGUAAUUAUAAGUGCAGCUGAGAGAGAUCAGCUUUUACUGCUGUCAGAGACCUAGUCCAAGUCCUGUCUCCUCUCUCUCUCUCUCUCUCUCUCUCUCUCUCUCUCUCUCUCUCCUCCCUCCUCUCGCCUCUCUCUCCUCUCUCUCUCUCUCUCUCUCUCUCUUCCUCGUCUCUCCUCUCUCCGCUCUCAUCUCGUCUAUCUCUGCAUACUCCUCCUCCUCUCCCUCUCCCUCUCCCUCUCCCUCUCCUCUCCUCUCUCUCAGGUCAGUGGUUGACCCAGGCUGGACUGUUCCUCCCCUGUACUCCUCUGCAUCUGACUUGUACUGGCAGGCAGCUGGACAAGGGCCUUGGCUAAUUUCAGUUUAUACCAAAACAUGUUUUAUUGACUUUUCUCACCACACAUAGAGUAGGCUUACUGAAGAAGUCCAGGAUACUGUCUUGAUACUUGGAACAUGCUAAAAGUAGUUUAGGAUGAAGUGUCCCAGACAUUCCUCUUAGAAAUGUUACUGAGGUUGACAUUUUCUGGAAAUGAAUCAUAAAAAAAAUUCAUUAGGGUAGGUUUCAUGUAAUUUUGAAGUCACAUUUAGGGAUAAUAUAAUGUUUAUCAUUCUCUCUAACAAUAUGGGUCCCUCCCACUAUCUCUCAAGGGACCAAAUCACAGUAUGUCCGACCUAUAGUUGUUAUUGUGUAACUUGAAAACAUUACAAGUGUAUACUCUAACAUUGUCAUUGGAGGUGGUGGUCCAUAAACUGAUGUGAUACACUGUGGAGUUUAAGCUUUAGAGUCCUGUCCGGUCAUCCGUUGGGUUUUCCUUGCUGAUUUAAUGAUUCCCAUUUUUCUGGCUCUGUGUUCUACUCUGAGAAUACAUUGUGUACUAACUGUCUCUGUUUCUGUGUCUCUUUCAGUAUGGCAAUGUUUUAAAUGUUCUCAUAUCAAGUAAGAAGAGAGGAAGUGCUAUGGUAGAAUUUGAAACCGUAAAAGCAGCUGUAAGUAGUUUGUUUCAUAAAUGAUACACACUCAUCUAAUUUCGUAUUGAAAAGUCACUGAAAUCAGUCAAUACCCACCAGCUUUUACUGAUUGGCCAUUUUUUACCAUUUGGUUUGCACUGAGCACUCUGCGUCUCAACAACUUCCCAGCCCAAGGCCCGUAGUUUUCCACACACAUGAUGACUUUCUCCUCAUCUUGUAGUGUCUCUGUGACAGAACAGAGGAGUUGACAGAACAUAGUGUUCUGAUAGGAACCAGGAGGAUAUAAGGGCUGAGCCGCCUCAUUGUUCAGACCGUCUGAGUCCUCUGCCCCUUUGCUGUCGCAUGCUGUUUUGUUGUGGGCUCUGGUGCACUGUGUGGUUCCCCUCAACAGAACAUAUCUGCUGUCCCCUGGGGAGCCAGACUCCGGGCCUGCGGUCUCCGUCUCGCUGUCUGGAGAUCUCGGGGUCCCUACGCUGCUUGGGGGGGUUGGGGUAUCUUAAGUUCACCCCUCAUGAGUGUUUCAAAUACACAAGACAAAACCCCACAUAACGGCUGGGGUGGAAGACACAACAAACUCUAUAGAGCUGAGAGGAGUAGAGAGGUUGAUGUUGCUCCAUUAGUGGUGCUGGGGGAAAGAAUGGCCUGUCAGCAGAUCAUGUCACACUGGGGUCUAACUUUACUCUGUUGUUUCUCUCCAGGAACUGGCAUAUAAGAAUGAGAGUGGCCUUACAGCAAACCCACUGAAGAUCUCUUGGCUUGAGGGACAGCCUGAAGUCAUCACCCCAGUGGUGUCGCAGGUUCAGCAAACAUCUGGACAGUACUUCCCACCUAAACAGGUAUGUAACCAGGGGCAACCGCCACCACAAGCAGGGCAACCUCUCCCCAACAUGAAUGUGUUUAGUCCUAAUUAUCCUUCUCUCCCAUCAACGAUAAUGUAAGCCCUAUGUUACCAAAUAUCUCCAUGUUCUUAGCUUCCAAUCCAAAUAACAUUUCCUAAACACCAUCCCGCAAAGAGAGGUAUGUAAACUUCUGCGGUUUUAUUUUUGUAUCAGCGAGAAAAUAUUGCCCAUGCACUUGCACUCUCCUCGUCUGGCCCAGAAAGAUGUGUUUGGUUAAAUGGGCUUAGGUUUGUUUGGCUUGGAGAAGCAGUGUGUUGGCCGGCGCUGGCCCGAUCCCUAGACCCUGGCCUGUCCCGCCUCUCAUUAAGGCCUGACCCACCCGGGAGACCAAUGGAAUGCCUCACUCCAUGAGAACCACACGGUAACCCAACACGACCAGCGUGCAGGCUGGCACGAGAGGGCGGCUACCCCUUUCUCUCUCUACCCAGAGUGGUGCUCACCCCAGCAGUCCAUCUGCCCACCUUUUUGCUAAUCUCCUGGUCGGCUUUCGAAACACACUGGCACUUUGGAGGCCUUUUCCAGUCAGAGUAAUGUUGUAGCACAGUUGGGAAAUGUAGGUGGAGGAUGAAAGUGAUCUGAGUCAGUUUGAGGAGUACAGGAAGUUUCAGCAUCUCUCUGGUCAUGAGCUAGACAUGACUCAGUCUGUCUGUGUCCCUAAUCACCAUUACUUAGUUUCACUGCUGUGGUCAUUUAGGCCUAAUAAUAAUAACGCUGACUUUGUUUAUAAAGAGCUUUUCCAUACAUUUCCUUUAAGCUGUGCUGUAUUUGGGCUCGGUCUGCAUGGUUUUAGACCGGUAUACUCUCCCUCCCCAGAGCUGAGGAUGGACUGUUUCACCUCUCAACCCACCACAGCACAGUGAUUCAGGCCCCUCGUAGGGGUUAGCACACCACGCAGGGUUCACAGCACGGCCCGCGCACUGGAACUUGUCAGAGUAAUGUUUUAAUGUUAUAAUGGUAACCGGUUUUGCUGGUUAAAGAUAUCCGACGCAGAUUGCUUCAUCUCUCGCAGAGCUUUUCAGGGCAGAGAACGAAAACAUGAUUAUGGCAGUGUAAUUUUCACAUUAGCCCUCAGUUAGAACGCUCCUCACUAAAGAGGCCCACAUGACAUAAAAAUGGGGGAUCCAUGUGAUAUUAGGAAAUAAGUCCCAAAUAAGGGAAAGGGGGGGGGCAGGGGAGACAGGCGGGAGCGAGACAAACAGUGGAGAGUUGGGACGACGGGGGGGGGGCUGCGUGUGGAGACGAAAGAAAAAGGGAGAAGCGAGAGCGCAGCGCGCGCGCGCGGAGCGAGAGAAGAGAGAGGGAGAGGAUGGGAGAGAGAGCGAGAGAGAGAGAGAGAGCGCGAGAGCAGAGCGAGGCAGCUCUUCUCUCUCUCUCUCUCUCUAUCUCUCUCUCUCUCUCUCUCUCUCUCUCAUCUCUCUCUCUCUCUCCUCUCUCGCUAUAUCUCACUUCUCCUCCUUUCCCCUUUGCUGCGUGCCUCUCUUACUCCUCUUUCGACGCCCCGCCGCGCGCGCGAGCGCGAGCAACCGAGGCGGACACGGGCGCCCGCUGGCGGCGCGGACCGGCGAGUAGGCCGCGCCCGCCCGAGACUCGACACCGAGCGCGCACGCGACCGCCACGAGAGCGGGAGCCCAGAGAAGAGCGCCGAGAACGAGCAGAGCAAGGACAGACCCGCAGGGGGGGAGCGCGAGAGCGAUGAGAGCUCGCGCGCGGCGCAGCAGCGCGCUCGCGAGCUCAGGAGAGAGCGAGCGCGCGAGAGAUCGUCGACGCUCGAAUCGCGAGCGAAGGAGAUGCGCAGUGGCGGCAGGCGACGCAGAGCCGGCGUAACGCUCGAUCGCUCGACGCGAGAGACACAGCGCGCGCGAUACCCCAAGGGCAGGCCGGGGUAGGAAAGCAGGCAGCUCGUCUCCCGUCUCCCGCUCCCGACUCUCCCGCGCGGCCCGCGCCCGCACCGAGCGCGCCCGAGCGCGCCAGAGCCCUAUGCGCCCUCGUCCCGCGCGCGCGCGCCGCGUAGGGACGCGUCGUCGCCCGCCCGUUGCUGACAGUCUCCCUCGAGCGUUAGCACGCCUCUAGCAUUGAUGCCGCCCAGCGCCGCGGAACGAAGCGCGCCGCGGCGGGCGACCAGAGGGGAAAGAUGGACGACGAGCGACAGCUGCGGAGACCGCACAGAGAGACAGAGCGAGCCAGAGCCAGCCGGAGGCGCGAACGCACGAGCAGAGCACCGCGCGAGAAAGCGAACCGCGAGAGCCCGGAGCGAGCCCGGAGCACGAGCAACCGCCUCGAGGAUGAGCGACACAGCGCACCGGAGGCGGAACGAAGCAGCGCCAGCUGCUGUCCCCGCGCGUCUACCGACCUCUCGCAGCGACGCAGCACACGCCCAGAUGCAAAAGAGAGCGAGCGCGCGCGAGCGGCGAGCUCGCGCGCGCGCGAGAGCGCGAGCGCGGCAUGGCGCCCGCGGGCAAGCGGGGAGAAGCGAGGGUAGGACCGGGGGAGGACAGCGCCAGCCGCGCACAAGCAGAGCCACAGAGAGCGCUCGCGAGCGCGAGCGAGAGCGCGCAGCGCGCGAGAGAGAGUAGAGAUGAGAGAUCGAGAGAGACGAGAGAGAGCGACGAGCGAGCGCCGAAGGGCGGAAAGGUGGUAGAAGUAGACAUGGAGCGUGCUAUGGACUAAGAGGAUGAGACCAGAGGGAGCAACCGACGGGCGCAACCGAGUGCUUCAUUGCGCUAGUAGGAGGGAAAGGAGACAAGCCAGAGCUGCGCAAGAGGGACCGAAAGAGCAGGAAAGACAGAGCGCGCGGGCGCGAGCAAUGGGCGAAGCUCUGGCGCCCGACCGCGUCGACCAGGAGCGAGCACGCGCCAGGCGCCGCGAAGAAAGAAGAGAGAAGAGAGGCGAAAGGAGAAAGAAGAGCGCGCACCGAGCAGAGAAAGAGAGUAGCAAAGCGCAGCCACGCACGAGAGGAGAAGAAGCACCAAGCAACUAGAUGAACAGAGAGCGCGCGCGGCGAGCGCGCGAGCGAGCGGCGAGGAGCGGGAAGAAAGAUGGGAAAGGGAGACAGCGGGCGCACAAUGUGGACGGCCCGGGAAGCGCCCGCAUGAGCACGAGAGCGCUCCCGAGCGUGCCGCCCAGGGCGCGACCGCGCGGGGCGCCGCAGGCCGGAGCGCCCUAGGGCGCGCGCGCGCCCUCCGAGCCCGCGCUUCCGCCCGAGCGCGCCUAGAGCGCGCCCGAGCCGAGACCGCGCGAGCCCGCGCCCGCGCCCCGCGCGGCGCCGCGCCACCGCCCGCGCGCGCACCGAGCGAGCCCGAAGCGGCAAGCGGGCGACCGCGGGCGCCCUGCGGCCGCGCGCGCACGAUGACGCGACGCACGAUCGCGCCCGAGGCGGCCGCCCGAAAGCGAGGCACGCGCGAGAAAGGCGACCAGAGCCAGCGGCCAGAGCCGCGCGCGCCCUGGAGAAUCGCUCGCGAACAAAGCCACGAGAGAAAGCCGAGCGCGCACGGAGAAUAGACGAGAGAGGGAGAAAGAUUGGGAGAAAGAUUGAAGAACGAGAAGGAGAACGAGCAACCGCUGAAGACCUACACGCGGGGGAGCGCGCCCGCGCCGGCCAGCGCCCGAGACAGCGGCGAACCCCAGCCCGCCAGGAGAGCGAACAGAGAGCCGACCUGAGCGCGCCCGAGACACGCUCCAGAGAAAGAGCACGGAAAAGAGAGCGCACGAGCCCGAGCGCGCACACAAAGAGAGCUAGAGCGACAGAGCACAACGAGAAACGAGACAGACAGAAGGUCGCCAUCGCAAGAGAGGUCGCCACCGUACAACUCCGAGGAGCAAGAGCUUCUCUCUAUCGCCUCUACUCCUAACUCCUAUCACUAUCUCCCUCUCUUCCCUCUCCUUCUCCCUCUCUUUCGCCCUCUCCCUCUCCCUCAGUGUGACCCGCUGCAUGCUGAUACCUGCUUCUUUAACCUAAUCAAUCCAGGGACGCACACGCAUGACAGACACUAUGCUCCACUCUGUUUAAUAAGAUAAUCUGCUUACACUGGUCUGGGACCUGCUGCUGCACCUGGGUCCCCAGAGGUCCCUGGAGGCCCCUAGUAUCACACACUCAACUGUAGCAAAGUUGAUGAGACAUGGAUGAGUGCUGUUGUACUCCUGUGCUGAGUGAUUUGAAUGAUACAGGCCCUCUGUAAGACAUGGGUGUGUUGGGUCAGGCGUUUCACGAGUAGGGACACCAUGCAGAGACAAUACUGUAGGGGUGGUGGUCCAUUCACAACGUUCUUCUUAACAUAAAUAACCAAGCAGGGUAAGGAACAGAGGCCAUGAUGCAGAGAAUUGCUCCCCAUGCUCCAGACUAAUUCAACUCCCUUGUAUUUGGAUAGGAUUUAGUUUCACCUCCUGAGUGUGCUAUGUUUUGUAUCACUGCACCGUGCCAUAAUAAAUUCUCAUGAUGAGAGGCUGUAAAAUAUGUAUAGUAAAUCAUUCUGUGCUGGUGCUGUUUUUCAAACAGUCGGUCUCUGUUGAUGUUUGAUGUCAAGUUUUAUUGAAUGGCAGUGUGAUGUACAUAGUCAGCUGUGUGUCUGUUCCUGAAAUACUAAGUGGAUUAAUACGUAAUCUGUUAAGAAUAGACUAUACUGUCGCUUACAUAUAUGUAAUGGUGGUGUGUGUUCAUGGUGGUUUGCAUGACAAUGGAAAGUACACAGUUCAAUUAUGGUGGAUGAAGUGUUCGAGCUGUCCCCCAGAACUCUUCACAUUGCUGUCAGACUACAGGGAUUCACACAGUGUCAAUAUGACUCAUAGUUGUUCAGCCCUUACCUCCCAGAAUUUCUGGAGUUUGGGGUCCACAUCCAACCAUCUGUAUCCUCCCUAUCAGAAGAACCUGUAGCAUAAUCAUGUAUUUGGAAAUCAUAAAUCAUUGCAUCCCCAAUUUAGAAGAAUAGUUUAGCAUAUUGUAUUUUUAGAGUAUUUAUUCUGAUAAAGACGUAUCGCAAUACUUGAUAUGACUCUGUUUAUUUAAUCUUUGAGGAAACCUUUGACUUGUCAUCUAUUCUGGGAUGUUUUUUUCCAUCAUAUCGGACCUGGCUAGCUUCCUUCUGCUGAAGAAAGAGCACGCUCACCUAAAAUAGCCCCCAAGUCUGUCUGGGCCCUGGGAUGCUGAGCGUAGUCCUGCUACAGUUGGCAGCUGGUUGCAGCACUGUGCUCUUUCCGGACGGAGAUAACAACUUCUAGUGUUCUGACUUCCUGAAAGAGGCCGUUUAGCGACGAAAGGACUAAUGUAACAGAUUGGUUAAUUUACAUCUGUUUCCAGCUGUUAUCAGCAUGAAUUAAUUUAACUGGGCUUUAGCUUAGACAGGGAAUAGAGAGGGAGGUGGCGUGAUAACUGGACUAUCUCAACACGAGGUCUGAGAGCAAUGGAGACCACCGCAUUUUUCUUCAUGGGUCAGUUAGAAGGAGCAAAAGGCCAUGGGAGACUGUUUUUACAUUGCUGACUCAGUGUUUUUCCCUUGAUGUGGACUAAAGUUGAAUUGAAUCUCCUCAGACUUUUUUUGUGCUCUUCUUCAAUCUACUGUAACACAUUGCAUAUGAACUUGAUCAAAUCUCUUGCUUGUUUUAAUAAGUGGAUGCUAAACUUUUGAGAUCUUUGAUGGUUUUGGUCUUCUUCCCAAGGUUUUACGAUGCCCAAGUGUAUCAUGGAUAUCAUGUGA